ACUCCAAACUCCCCGGAUGCUUGGCGUAUUCCUAAUUUCCGGCAUCCACCUCACUCUUUUCCAAUCAAUAUAACAGCCGGCUACGUUGUAAUUCACAGUGGAUACUGGUGGUGGUAUUCUAAUUUCGUAUUGACUUGCCACUGCAAUGGCUGAUUCGGCCGAGCAGGAGGUUACAGGGUCGCCACAGACUGCACCAGUAGUUGUGCAAGCAUUGGAAGUACCCGCUUUCCUGAACUAUUUUCGUCGAGUAGUCCCGGUCCUACUUGAAGAUGACGACCCUGAUUUAAAGGCUCUACAGACAGCUGUAUCGGACAAGCAACAACUAGAGGCCAUAAAAAAGUUUUUGAGCGAUCCCCAAGCACCGACCCUAAUUGUGCAGAGAGCCUCAGUAAAAGGUAUGUUUGCAACAAAAAAAAAAAAAAAUUCGGGGUAAAAAAGAGCAGGCAACAAAGUGAUGAAUGAAUUAAUUGAAUGAUAAUUGAUAAUGAUUAAAUCAUGUAUGGCCAUGUCCUACUGCCUACUACUAACUUGAAUUCAGUAUUCUGCUUCAUGGCUCCAUAGCGUGACAUGUUAUCAUCAUUUUCAUGUAUUCUACCCGAACACCAGUUUUUAUCUUUUAAUUAUUUAGUUAAUCUAGUGGUCUGUACNGAAACAUUCCAACUCCUUCCAUGCCACUGGUGCCAAGCUGUAUCAUCCACAUGAUUUUCCCUUGGGUUUAUCCAGCAGCGGGGAGAGAGGCGAUUUGCCGAGUAGGGAACCAGCUUAAAAUCCUAAAAAAUAAUAAAAUCCCAGGCUUUAUGGAUUUCGUCCUGCGAAGUCUACACCAUUGUUAUAUUGUGACGGAAGGAUGCAGCAAAAAAAUAAUUUUGUAAAUUGUUACAACAAAAAAAAAAAAAAGCAUGCUGCACUGUCUGUUGAAUGACCAUGGCUAAUUUAGAGAAUUCUGAGUAUGAGCAAACUCCCCUUGUUUAGUCGUGAAUUGUUACUAGAGUUAACUUUUAAAAAAUAUAUAUAUAUUAAUACACAGAGUGAAUGGUUUCAUUGAUAACUCUUUAAAAUUUAACUUUGAAAACAAGGUAAUUAAUAUUUGAAAGCGAGACUGAUAAAGCAGAAGUGUGAUCAUUUUAAUUAAUGGAUUUUGACUUUUAGGCUUUUAUUUUUGGUGGAAUAGUGUAUAUGAAAAAACUGUAAGUUGGAUUUGCAUUAAUUUGAAUUUUUAAAAAAAAUAUUUCACUAUUUAACAUAUAAAUUUUAUCAAGAAAUAAUAUUUUAAUUAUUAUUUCAGAAGAAAAUACACAUUUUUUAGACAUUUUAAAACCUAUCAAUUAACAGGUAUUUUAGAAGUAAGUUUUAUAUUAAAAGUUAUAAUUUUUUACUACCUUAAGGGGGACUAGGACAGAUCCUACUCAAACUCUGAUUGACACAAAAGAUGUGAUCUUUACUAUGAAAAAUAAUAAAGCCCCAGGAAAUAGACCUUAUAACAGCAGAUAUGAUAAAACUGGGUGGAAAUGAACUGCAUAUACAAAAACACGACCUCAUAUCCAGAAUCUGGCAGGAGGAAGAAAGGCCCCAAAAAAUGGGGUACUGUGCUCAUAAUCCCCAUUAACUAGAAAGGAUAUAAGCUGGAUUGCUCAAUUUAUAGAGGAAUCUCCCUAUUUAAUGUAACUUACAAAAUCCCCCCUUAACUAAUAGCAAGAAAACUGGAAAGGUAUAUGGAGCAGAUCCUAGGGGACUAUCAAAGUGGAUUCAGACAGACUAGAUCAACCACAGAUCAUUUACUAUCAGUUGUUCCCUGGAGAAAUGUUACAACAUCUCCAUACACCAACUAUACAUGGUCUACAAAACAGCAUAUGUUAACCUAGACAGGAAAUAUCUGUGUGAUGCACUACAGGAACUUGGAGUCCGUUACAAACUUAUCCGGCUUAUACAUAUGAUGAUGGCUAACUCCAAAAGUUGAAUGAAGUCACAGCGAAAUUACUCGAUAGAGUUCCUGAUUAAUCAGGGCCUCAAACAAGGAGACUCACUAUCAUGUAUCCUGUUCAACAUCACAUUAGAAGAAGUUAUGAGCAACAUUCAUUUUGCAUCAUCAGAAUAAGCAACCACACCUUUGAGAGAGUGGCUCCUUUCAAAUGUCUAGAAGCUACUAUAAAUGAGCACAAUGAAAAAAUAACAGAGUUGAAAGAUAACAAAAGCGCUUUGGAAACAAAAUCCUCUCAAGGAGAACAAAGAAAGCUGUAUACCCCACUAUCAUAUGACCUGUUGUAAUUUAAACAAGUGUCACUUGGUCACUUAGGAAAAAAGUAGAGAACCUGCUCAAUACAUGGGAGAGGAAAAUCCUCUGGAAAAUAUAUACGGUCCAGUUAUAGACAAUGAGGGAUGGAGCAACCAAGAGUAAUGUCCAUUGUUAGAAAACCCACCCAUAGUCACAACAAAAAGGCAUACGGCACUGUACAAAACACCUUGAGAAGAUGCUGGAUUGUAGAGCAUCUAAAAUUAUCUAGGGGCAGACUACUCAUACGUCAAUCAAUACAAAUGGAUUGAAGAUGUAGAUAACUUACUUCAGCUGGGAGUCUGAGCAUGGAAGCGGAAAGUCAUGUAUCAAUCCGAAUGGAAGCAUGGGGUGGAGUAGGCCCUGGCCCUACAUGGGCUGUAGCACCACUGAUGAUGAUGACAUAGGGCAAUUGGGAAGGACUACACUUGCUUUUGGAUGUGAUACGAAAAGGUUUAUCACAUUAUUUAUAUUUUUUUCUUUCAGAUGAUUCAGAAGAAGCUGGUGAAGGAGAUGGAGACACCAACAAUGCACCAUAUCUUAUCUCUACUGAUGUACAUUUUGGGAGCUCAAAGAUGGCAAGGUAGGAUGAUUUUCUGUAUAUAAUUUAAUUCUGAAUUAAAAAAACAAAUAUCACUGACGUUUAUACAAAAUUAUAUUAUUUAUCAAUACCUUAGCUAAAAGUCAUUACAUUUUUAAAGUAAUAUUCCUUUGCCAUCAGUGUGGUCUUCAUCAAACGUGGACCUCAGCUGGAAGGAGACAAAGGCCUGGCAUCACAGUUGAGGAUCAUGAACUUUAGUGAAGGAUCACCUUAUGAGACACUCCAUGCUUAUAUUGCAAAUGCAGUUGGCCCUUACUUUAAAUCUUACAUCAAGGAAACUGGAAAAGCCGAGAGGUAAAUUAAAAUCUGCGCCAGUUGAGAUUUAAAAUAAAUUACAUUCCUUAGAGAAUUUUAAAAUUGCUGAAGCUAUUUGUGACAUCGAUCUAAUUAUUUAUUUUAUGUAAAAUUAUUAACCAUGAGAGUGAUGAAUAAAAUGUUUUAUUUUAGAGAUGGCGACAAGAUGGCACCAACAGUUGAAAAGAAAAUAGCAGAGCUUGAGAUGGGACUUCUCCAUCUGCAACAGAACAUUGAUAUUCCAGAAAUCACGCUUCCCAUCAACCCUCUGGUGCUUAGUGUCAUCAAGAAAUGUGCUGAAGAAAACAGGAAACCCAAGGUUUGAUUUUAGCACAGAAAAGUUAGCAUAGAAAAUCAAAUACUUUCCAAAAACUUAUUGAAAUGUUCAUGCUUAAUUUCAUUUUUUUUUUUUUUUUUUUUUUUUUUUUUUUUUUUUUUUUUUUUUUUUUUUUGUUGUUUUUUUUUGUUGCAAUUUUAAGAAGAUUUGACUCUAUAAAGUUACACUGUAAAUUUUUAAUACAAUUGUAAGAGAAAUAUAUGAAUAGAGCUCUGUUUUUAUUUUUAAAUUAUUUUUUUUUCCCCUAGGUUGAGGAGUUUGGAGACAAAGUGGAUGAUGCACAAUUCCUGAAUGUUCUACAGAGUGGUGUGAAUAGAUGGAUCAGAGAAAUACAAAAGGUGGUGAAACUUUUUUUUUUCGGAAGGAAUAUAAGGAAUUUACACUGAAUCAGUCUGCAUAAGAAAUGUACUUAAUCCUAUAUUGACUGGGACAAUUAUUUGUAUGAAAUAUUGAUUUUCCAGUGUGCCUUCUGUUCAUUUCUUAGUCAAUAUGUGAUGAGUCAUCAGGUAGCAGCUUUAAUACAAUAAUCUUUUAUUACGUGGAUUGAAUGCUUAAAACAUUCUUAUUAUUUAUCCUUCUCAUAGUACUAAAAUUAGGUAUAAAAUAUAAUAAGGCAAUGCACAGAAAUUGAUUUUUUUUUGUUUUAUUAGAAUUCCCUACAUUUUUUUAAAGCCAUGCUAGCAUUCAUUUUAUUAUUAAUUUCACCCAUUAUUUUUUGCAGCAUUUAUUAUAUUAUCUGUUGCUGUGUUUUCAACAUUGUCAGAUCAAAUAUGCUUGCCUGCCAAAUACCACAUGCCUAAAUUGAAAUUAUUUUAAAAAGUAAAGCAUCCGUUAUAACAUAAAUUAAAACAAACCUUGAAUGUCUUCAGGUUACCAAACUAGACAGAGACCCAUCAUCAGGAACAGCCCUACAAGAAAUUAGUUUCUGGUUAAAUUUAGAACGAGCCUUGCUUCGUAUCCAGGAAAAGAGAGAAAGUACUGAGAUAGUCCUCACUCUUGACAUCUUGAAACAUGGCAAACGUUUCCAUGCCACAGUCAGUUUUGACACUGACACAGGUAAAAUUUACUCCUUUUGUAUACAAUUUAUUCACCCUCAGAUUUGCAUUUUUUAAAAAUUUAUUUUAUGAUUAAUUAGUUAAAUGAAAUUCCCAUUGGGGAAGAGGACAUUUGUUACCGCACUUGUAAAGUGCAUGAUUCUAGAUGGGGGAAAAAAAUAAAUAGAAAGUAAUCUUCCUUGUGACACUACAACCCCUGUAGGGCUUAGGCCUGCCUCAACAUUUCAUAUACCACAAGGGGUUACCUAGAUGAUCAUUAUACACUGCUUUUAUGUUACGCCUUUCUUAAUUUUAUGAUUUUAGGGUUCAUUUUUAAAUGAUACCUUAACUUUGAUGGGAAUUUUACCUCUCAGUUAAAUGAUACCUUAACUUUGAUGGGAAUUUUACCUCUCAGGUCUCAAACAAGCAAUGGCCACUGUCAAUGAUUAUAACCAGUUGAUGAAAGACUUUCCGAUCAAUGACUUGCUGUCAGCCACAGAACUUGAUAGGAUAAAGGUGGCUGUGCAAAGCAUAUUCCUCCAUCUGCGGAAGAUUCGCUCCACCAAAUACCCCAUCCAGCGUGGAUUAAGACUGGUGGAAGCCAUCUCCAGGGAUCUCAGUACUCAGAUGCUUAAGGUAUUUUUUGCCAGAUCAGUUAAAAAAUGAUAAUCAUUCUUCCUUUUCAUAGAAUAUGCUUAGUUGAUUGAAAUAGUCUUCUAUUGGUUUUUUAAAAAUAUUCUUGGGAUUGCUAAUGUUGGGGCAAAGAAAAAUCAACUUUAAGCAACUAAUUAAUAUUUUUCUAGCCUUAUGUGGGUCUAUAGUAAAUAAGACAUAUUGGGCAACUGUGAUCCUUUUUUUUAUCUUAUUGCACUCACUUAGCCAUUCUCUACCUUAUUUGUUUCAAAAUACUACUCUCAGGAACAUCUCUGUAUCCUUUUUCACUGUUGUCACAUCUCCCUCAAAACAUGCCACUCGGCUAAAUCUUGUUUCACACCUUCCUCAUAACAUCACUCAACAAAAUCUUGCAGUGCGACACAAUAAAAAAAUUCACUCCGUCUGAUUUAGCUUACGGGUUUAAGAAAAUGAAUGGGAAGACAUUUUUUUCAAUAAAUGCUCAUUUAUUUGCUUGCAAUUAUCUACAAUAGCAACUUCAUUUCAUUUUGUCAGUACAUUUUUUUCUAUUACUUUUUCAGAUUCUUGGCACCAGGCGUCUGAUGCAUAUCCCUUUUGAUGAUUUUGAAAAGGUAAUUUUCAUCAUUUUCUGUGAAUCAUUGAGUUAGUUGCUUUUUACAUUAUUUUUCAGCACUGUGGUGGGGAGCAUCAUAAAGAACCCUACCCAAUGAUUCAUGCAUUCAAUUUAUUUUGUUUGAUAGUAGCAUUGAAAAAGGAAGUGUUAAAAAAAAUGUCAGAAUAUUUAAAUCAUGCUCAAUGAAUCGUGGAACCUAAUUUGAAUAAUUUUUUAAAGCAAACACAAUAACAAAUUUUUAAAAAAAUUAUCAGGUGAUGAGUGCCAGUUUUGAGGUGUUUUCUACCUGGGAUGAUGAAUUUGACAAGCUCCAAGGAAUGUUGAGGGAUCUAAUCAAGAAGAAAAGAGAAGAACACUUGCGCAUGGUUUGGAGAGUCAACCCAACUCACAAGAAGCUUCAAGCUCGCAUUGAUCACAUGAGGAAGUGAGUAAUGGUUGCUUGCUUUUAAAAAAAGAGUCAUGUAUGUCUGUGAUCUGAUUGAAUUCAAAUUCAUCUCAUGUAGCCCCAGCUAUAUUUGAAGGAAUGGACUUAUGAGGCAAGUAAGGCUGGCUACUCUAUUUGGUGAGGAGGUCAACCUUGAAUAAGAAGCUUCAACCACUGAAAUAAGCUAACAGUAACCAAUUUGGCAUUUGUUACAGCUGCCAGAAUAAAUCCAAAAUUUAUUGUUCUCAAUUUCUUUCGAAUUUAUUUACAUCAGUGCUUUCUCAAACAUGUAAAUGGUUUUAAAGAAGAUGAAUAUUGAUGACCAUCUGUUUGUUGAAACUUAAUGCUUUUCCUGUUAAAUAGAAACUAUUACAAGUAAAAUUUAUAGUAUUGACUUGAUGUAUUUAACUAUUAAGUAUUUAACUUCACACUUUUCCUUUUAUAACAAAUUUAUAAUGAUGCACUACUUAGUUAAUAACUUUUCCCAUAGAUUCCGUCGUCAACAUGAACAGCUCCGGCAGGUGAUCAUUCGUGUGCUCCGUCCAGUAACAGUGAAGCGGGGAUCUUCCCCUGGCAGUGAAGAAUCAGAGUCAAAGGACAAGCCAGUGACAGAUGAAGCUGCUGAUGCCAAUGCUAUUGAGGUUUGUAAAUCUUUCCAUUUAAGAUGCAGUAAAGAUUGAGUUAAUUUCAGAAACCCACUCGAGAUAUUGUGGAAUAAAUUAGCGUUAUUAAUAUUUUAUUCAUGUUUUAUCACCUGCUGGAAACUAUUUCUAUUUUCUUGAUGUCAAAGAAAGACCUUAAAAAAUUAUCAAGUAAUGGUUUAUCUUUUCCCCUUUGGAUAAUUAUGCAUUUUCUUGCUCAUUCAGUGGGGUAUAUUAUGCUUGGUUGAACGCACAUUUUUAUUUAAAUGAGCUAUUUAGAGAGUAUACGAAAAUUUAGAUUAUUUUGGGUUUUGUAAACCAACACAAUUUGUGUCCUUGCGUAAACAUACUUGACCAAAACAUUUCAUCCCAGGAGGUAAACCUAGCUUAUGAAAAUGUCAAAGAAGUUGAUGUUCUGGAUGUUUCAAAGGAUGGCGCAGAUUCAUGGGAGGCUGCUGUCAAGCGGUAGGUUGUACCCAACUUUUCAUUUUGUGUUUGUGAUAAAGAUUCAAUUUUUAAAAACUAUUUAUUCGCUCCUUUAAAUCAGAUCUGAGCAGAUCCUAAAAGCCUAUUACCUGGCAUUACAUAUAGAGCUUAGUAGAUCAGUCCUAAAUUACUGCAAAAGCUUUAGAUAGACAUCAGCUUUUAGUGAUUUUAAAUUUUUAUAGACAUUCUAAAUUUACUACCAUCCUCAGAUAUGAAGAGAGAAUAGACCGUGUUGAAACCAGGAUCACAUCUAGACUCAGAGAUCAGUUGGGCACAGCCAGAAAUGCCAAUGAAAUGUUCAGAAUUUUCUCCCGCUUCAAUGCACUGUUUGUAAGACCUCACAUUCGUGGUGCUAUCAGGGAGUACCAGACACAACUCAUCCAGAGAGUGAAAGAUGACAUUGAAUCUCUACAUGAAAAGUUCAAGGUUUGUCCGAAAGCUUAAUUUUUUAAAUAUUUUUUUUAUAAAUAUGCGCGGAGGUAAAUAUUACAAUUUCUACAUGUUUCCAGGAUAUUUAGAAGGAUCUUUGAUAAAUUUGGCAUUGCAUUUGAAAAAAUUAGUAGUUUUCAAAUGUAAAGCAAAAUAUUAUUUUUUUUUAAAAAAAGGAAAAUCCAGAACACAAGUUAUGAGAGAUUAGGCUAGAGUCUGAUAACUUGAUGUGGAUCACUUUUCUAAACAUUUUAUUUUGGAAAAAGCUUAUUUGCAACUUAUGCAGUUAUUAAAAUGAAACCUUAUUUUAGUUCAGAAGAAGAAACUAAUAGAAAAUGCAUCCAGAGACCCAUAUAUAAGUUAUAUAUUCUGAGAGUAAAUUGGACACGGAAUCAUGGCAUUAUACAAAUUCAUACAUUUAAAAAAUAAAUAAAUGUUAAUUGACCUUCAAAAAUUAAAUUUGCUUUUAAAUGUUAGUAAAUUUAAUUUAACUGCAUAAAUAUAUGGUUAGAACACCUUUCUAGACAUGCUCUUUAAUUAAACAGAAAAUUUCCCAGUUAUGAGCAUAAACAUAUAUUUUGACAAUUCAAAUUGAUAGCUACCGUCCAUCAGGCUGGUCCUAGCUUUUGAAAUGCCAUCACAUAGUGUAUUUUCUUCUGUAACAAUGCCUUCUACAGUUUGUUUCUUAAUACUUUUGAAUGUUAACCCUUACAGUUCGCUGUGACCCAAGCGUGUCUUUUUUCACCAGCCGAUCGUUUUCCCUGUGGCCCAAGCGCGUCUAUUUGCCACAUAGAGGGGUAUCUAAUAAAAACACAGAAACCAGGUUAUAACCUUUCAUCACAGUCUCGGGCAGAAUGUUUAUUCGUUAGGGGAAUAGUGAAAUUUUAAUUUGCCUUUUAUAUUAUGAAAAUCGACCAAUUACUGAGUUUUUUUAUGCGGAUCUGUAUUUGUUGUUUCCAUGGCGCUACCAGCGCUAUUGACUAUUGUUCAUGAUGACUUAGAGGGGUAUCUAAUAUAAACACAGAAAUGAGGAUAUAACCUUUCAUCACAGUCUCGGGCAGAAUGUUUAUUCGUUAGGGGAAUAGUCAAAUUUUAAUUUGCCUUUUAAAUUAUGAAAAUCGACCAAUUCUGAGUUUUUUUAACGGAUCUGUUUUUGUUGUUUCCAUGCCGCUACCUAAUGGUUGAUGGUGACUUACGCCCACUUGAUGAAGCCUUUUGUUCUGAAAAUAUUAUUGAGCUUUAAUUGGGAUUUUUAAACACCCUUAUCCAUUUCUGAACAGAUAAUUCUCACAUGUUAUUAUCAAUUGUUUAAAACAAAAAAGUUACAAAAUAAAUUAACAGUCCCAUCAAAUUUUGACUCGUUCCAAAAUAAUGUCUGGGCCACAGGGAAUAAUUAGCCGAUUAAUGGCCGGUACUGAGACAAUAAAAGCAAAAAGUAGGUCAGUACCGUAAGGGUUAAAGAGUAAAAAAAAAAGCUUAUAGUAAUUUAUUUAAGCAAGCGAAAUACAUUUUAAAAAAUUCAAAUAAAAUAAAAAUAUAGGAAAAAUUAUUAUGACACUUUCCAUAAAUUACUUAGUUUUUCUGCUUAAAAAACAAAACAUGUCAUGAUGAAAAUUAGGCUAGAGUCCUGAAAACUUGAUGAGUAACACCUUUCUGAACAUGUUUUUACAUAUACUUGAAAAUUACAAGCCUAGAUUUUGAUCUUUAUAAAUAACUGCUUGGUCCAAUUAGGCUGAAAAGUGUCAUCACAAUGUGCAUUUUCUUCUGUAAAAUAACUUAAUCUGUUUCUGUAAAAUCUGUUUUAUGUACCUUUUAAUGUUACAAUGGUUAUGUACUACUACUAACAUUGGAUUAGUACACGUGGUAAUUACUGAACACUUACCCAAUUGUUUUUACAACUAGGAAUGAAGAUCGUGGUAAUUACUGAACACUUACCCAAUUGUUUUUACAACUAGGAAUGAAGAUCAAGAAAUGUGAAUAUUGAUGGCAAUAAUCGUCCUUCAAUAUCACACACUGUACCGUUGUGUUAAAAAAUACUCACCUUUUUUUGGCGUAUGUAAGACAUACCCAUAUAUAAGACGUGAGUUUUGACGAUUUGAGUAAAAAAUAUUUUAUAUAAGACGUGCGGGGUAUGUAAAACUUUGUUUAAGACUCGUCAUAUAUACUCAAAAAUACAGUAAAUCAUGAGCCUUAAUUAGACUUAGCUUGGUCCAUUUAGGCUCAAAGUUGUAAUCACAUGUUGCAUUUUUUUUUCUCUAACAAUAAUUUCUACUGUUUCUUUAAAAUCUUAUUGAUUUUUUAUCUUACAACCAGCUGCAAAAAACUGAAUUCACUUGGUGUAUUUCUUCUGCUGUGUUUUUUUUCCUUUAAUAACUGCUUAAAAAAGUUUUAAAUUAAAAAAUAAUGGUUAGAGCGGUGGCUCUCAACCUUCCUAAUGCCGUGACACUAAUACAGUUCCUCAUGUUGUGGCGACCCCCAACCACAAAAUUAUUUUCAUUGCUACUUUGUAACUAGAAUGUAUGUGUUCUUUGAUGGUCUUAGGCGAACCCUGGGAAAGGGUCUUUCGACCCCCAAAGGGUUGAGAACCGCUAGGUUAGAGGCUUCAGUUAACAUAUGCCAUAAAACUGAACUAAGUCAAGAAAACACAAUUUAUACUUAUUAUUAUUAUUCAUUGCAGCAUUUUUUAAAUAGGCCCUCUUCAUUUUUAGAUAACUCUAAUGACAAUGUGGUUGAGUGCAGAGGAACUCUUUAAAAUUCUCAUAAAUGAUUUUUCUGAUUAAGACUAAAUAUGUCAUGAUGAAAAUUAGGCUAGAGUCCUAAAAAUUUGAUGAGUCAUGAAAACACAAUUUAAAUAUCUUUUAUUAAAGCAUUUGUUAUUUUAAUUAGUUUGCGUUCAGGGAACUCACUUUGAAUGCUCCUCUGUGAUUUUUCUGAUUGAAAGCAAAACAUGUUGUGAUGAAAAUUUAGGCUAGAGUCUGAAAACUUGAUGGAUAACACCUUUCUGAACAUGAUUUUGAAUGCAAAGGAACAGUACUUAAAUCCUGAACAAUUAUUUGUAAAUAACUACCUUGCCCAGUUUGGCUGAAAAUUGUGAUCACAAAGUUUAUUGUCUUCUGUGACAAUAACUUCUACUGUUUGUUUCUUUAAAAUCUUAUAAUCUAAUUAAUUUUCUUCUGAUUCAUAGAAGGAUUAUAGAUUUGACUUCAGUUAAAAAUUUAAACCUUUCUGAAACAGUUAAUAGAAUUUAUUACAGCAUUUUUUAAUAGGCCCCUCUUAAUUUUGGUUAUCUCUAAUUAAUAAUUUUACUCUUGUCCAAAAUUUACAUUUGAUUGCAUACAAGUGAACUCUUUAGAAUUCUCAUCAAUUAUUAUGAUUAAAAGUACACAUGUCAUGAUGAAAAUUAGGCUAGAGUCCUGAAAAUUUGAUGAGUAAAACCUUUCUGAACAUGUUUUCACAUAUAACUGAAAAUGACCAAAAUUAUGAGCCUAUAUUUGGACAUUUGUAAUUAACUGGUUGGUCUACAUGCUGAAAAGGAUCAUGACAACAUGCAUUUUCUGCUGUUGCACUUAUGUCCACUUUUUUUUUCUUUAUAAUCUAUUUAAUGUACUUUGGAAUGUUAGAAUGUUUGUAGACUUUACUUCAGUUCAAAAUUCAUGCAUUAUGAAAGUUAAUUCUCAUUGUGCAUUUUCUUGAUAACUAAAAGCUCUUUUUUUUUUUUCUCUAUUUCACAUAUUUUGAAAGUCACUAUGUUUAUCAGUUAAGAACUUCAAAGAGACUGAAUAAGUCAUGAAAACACAAGUUAAAUAUCUUUUAUUAAAGCAUUUGUUUUUUAUAAGCUCCCAUAAUUUUGGAUGACUCUAACGAAUAAUUUAACACUAGUCAGAAAAUUAAAAUUUGAUUGAAUACAGGGGAACUCUAAAAAUCUCAUCAAUGAUUUUUCUGCUUAAAAACAAAACAUGUCAUGAUGAAAAUUAGGCUAGAGUCCUGAAAACUUGAUGAGCAACACCUUUCUGAACAUGUUUUCAUGCAACUUAAAUAUUAGUUUCGCCAAGAGCCUUUUCUUCUUCUUUUUUUUUGUUGUUGACUGUUGUAAAUAACUUUUUUAAAUAUAUUUUUUUUGCCGAUGAGGCUGAAAGUGUCAUCAACAAUUGCAUUUUCUUCUGUAACCAUUAAUUUUACUGUUUCUUUAAAAUAUGUUUAAUGUAAUUUUGCAUGUUAAAAUAUUGCAGGCUUUAAGUUACAAAUUUCUAGCAGCUGCGGAAAAUUGACUUUUCAUUGUUAUUUUUUUUCUGUAAACAUGAUUGAAUUUUUUGGUUAAAUUUACUUUCUUUUGAAUGAUAAAAAUGGUUUUAGACUUCAGGUGGCCACUUUAAAAAAAUUAUAAUUCCAUUCACAUUUCAAUAAAAGUAAAAUUGUGAUUAGAUACCAUGUUUUUGAAAAUUAACUCUUCUAUCAUUAAUACAUUAUUUUUUGUGUCUUAAAGAUCACCUUAAUUUUGAAUUUAUCUAACAAAUAUUUCAACAUUUUUUUUACAAAAUUUUAAUUAGUUUGCGUUCAGGGAACUCAUUUUGAAUGCUCCUCUGUGAUUUUUCUGAUUGAAAGCAAAACAUGUUGUGAUGAAAAUUUAGGCUAGAGUCUGAAAACUUGAUGGAUAACACCUUUCUGAACAUGAUUUUGAAUGCAAAGGAACAGUACUUAAAUCCUGAACAAUUAUUUGUAAAUAACUACCUUGCCCAGUUUGGCUGAAAAUUGUGAUCACAAAGUUUAUUGUCUUCUGUGACAAUAACUUCUACUGUUUGUUUCUUUAAAAUCUUAUAAUCUAAUUAAUUUUCUUCUGAUUCAUAGAAGGAUUAUAGAUUUGACUUCAGUUAAAAAUUUAAACCUUUCUGAAACAGUUAAUAGAAUUUAUUACAGCAUUUUUUAAUAGGCCCCUCUUAAUUUUGGUUAUCUCUAAUUAAUAAUUUUACUCUUGUCCAAAAUUUACAUUUGAUUGCAUACAAGUGAACUCUUUAGAAUUCUCAUCAAUUAUUAUGAUUAAAAGUACACAUGUCAUGAUGAAAAUUAGGCUAGAGUCCUGAAAAUUUGAUGAGUAAAACCUUUCUGAACAUGUUUUCACAUAUAACUGAAAAUGACCAAAAUUAUGAGCCUAUAUUUGGACAUUUGUAAUUAACUGGUUGGUCUACAUGCUGAAAAGGAUCAUGACAACAUGCAUUUUCUGCUGUUGCACUUAUGUCCACUUUUUUUUUCUUUAUAAUCUAUUUAAUGUACUUUGGAAUGUUAGAAUGUUUGUAGACUUUACUUCAGUUCAAAAUUCAUGCAUUAUGAAAGUUAAUUCUCAUUGUGCAUUUUCUUGAUAACUAAAAGCUCUUUUUUUUUUUUCUCUAUUUCACAUAUUUUGAAAGUCACUAUGUUUAUCAGUUAAGAACUUCAAAGAGACUGAAUAAGUCAUGAAAACACAAGUUAAAUAUCUUUUAUUAAAGCAUUUGUUUUUUAUAAGCUCCCAUAAUUUUGGAUGACUCUAACGAAUAAUUUAACACUAGUCAGAAAAUUAAAAUUUGAUUGAAUACAGGGGAACUCUAAAAAUCUCAUCAAUGAUUUUUCUGCUUAAAAACAAAACAUGUCAUGAUGAAAAUUAGGCUAGAGUCCUGAAAACUUGAUGAGCAACACCUUUCUGAACAUGUUUUCAUGCAACUUAAAUAUUAGUUUCGCCAAGAGCCUUUUCUUCUUCUUUUUUUUUGUUGUUGACUGUUGUAAAUAACUUUUUUAAAUAUAUUUUUUUUGCCGAUGAGGCUGAAAGUGUCAUCAACAAUUGCAUUUUCUUCUGUAACCAUUAAUUUUACUGUUUCUUUAAAAUAUGUUUAAUGUAAUUUUUGUAUUUUAAAAUAUUGUAGACAUUUAUACCAGCUGCCGAGAAGUGUCUUCUCAUUAUAUUUUUUUUUUCUGUAAAUAUGUUUUGAUUUUCUAAAAGCUAUGUAUCAUUCUUUUGAAUGUUAAAAAUGGUUUUAUACUAAGUUGACAAUUAAAAAAACAACAAAUAACUGUAUAAUACCAUUCAUGUCAUGAUGAAAAUUUAGGCUAGAGUCUGAAAACUUGAUGGAUAACACCUUUCUGAACAUGCUUUUGAAUGCAUUUGGAAAUUACUUAAAGCCAGAUCCUAGAUUUAGACAAUUAAAUAUUUUAAGAAAUUAUAAAAUUCUUUUAUUUAUCCCAAUAAAUUGAAAUGUUUAAAAAAAAGUAAAAUUGUACAUUUAAAUUUUAGCAUAUAGAUAUAUUUGUACAAAGACAAACAUUUUAAAAUUAGAUCAAUUGAAACACAAGAAAUUUAAUUAUUUCUCAAGUGCAAGAGACAGUCUUAUGCCAUGGGUUUUCAUUCCCUAAGUGACUUUGUUGACUUAAGAGUAAUUUCUUAGAUUUUGUAACAGCGGGGGGAGCACAAUGGUUAAUUCAGAAGAUUUUUCUGAUUAAAAAAACAUGUCAUGAUGAAAAUAUAGGCUAGAGUCUGAAAACUUGAUGACUAUUACCACUCUGAACAUGAUUUAAUGUAGGAACUAAGAUUUAGUUUAUAGGUCAUACUUUUAUUUUAAUGUAAAACAAUUGAGUGAUCAGUUUGCUAGUAAGACAGAAACAAAGUUCAGAUUGACCAUGAAAAAGAUCUAUGUGGAAUUAAAGAAUAUAAUGAUAUUACAUUUAUGAAUUUACAGUCUAUUAUUUCAAUCUACUUUUAAUAUAUUGCUAAUGAGUUGGAUAAUCAAUUAUUUUAAGUUAUUUUAUUUUAUGGGCUUAUUACUUUUUCCAUUGAUGUCAUUUAUGAAAUGAUUUUUAUGUCUUUUGCCUUCAUUAAUAUCAUUUAAACAAACACAAAAGGUUCUUUUCAAAAGAAUUAUGAACUCUCCCCCCCUCUCUCUCUCUCCCCCCCACCCCCCAUAAGUAUUAAUUUAACAAAAUGUGUUUAAUACUAAUUAUUCUUUAAUAGAUAUUUUUCUAAGAAAUUUUUUUUUUAAAGAAAAAUAUUAUUAAUGUUGUGAUGGAAAAAAGAGAGAGUCUGACAACGGGAUCUUCAAGACUUUUCUUUACAUUUUGGGUACAAGAUUUUUCAGCUCAAUAAUGAAUAUACUUUUGUUUUUGUAGUAUGUCUUGAAAACUAUAUUUACACGAGUUUUAAUUCAAAAUUUCCACUUCAUUUCUCUUAGGUUCAGUAUUCACACAAUCAGGCAUGUCAAAUGAGCAGAGUGCGAGACUUCCCUCCUGUGUCAGGGUCCAUAAUAUGGGCCAGACAGGUGAGUGACAAUUCAUAUCUAUUUAUUUAUGACUUAUGAAAAAUUAUUACACUUUUAUUUGAAAAUAAAUGUUGAAACUAAGAUAAGUAAAGAAAAGGCAUUUCCUCAAGGCCCAUCGGUAUAUGAACUGUAGAUAAAAAAAUUUAAUUAAAAAUUUUUAUUUUGCAAUGUUGGAAUGUUCUUUUACACUUUAUAAAUGAAAUGCAUCCAGGCUUAUAUCUUUCCAACUUGCCUUUGUAGAUUGAACGCCAACUGAAUGCAUACAUGCGACGAGUCGAAGAUGUGCUGGGCAAAGGUUGGGAGAACCAUGUAGAUGGACAAAAGCUGAAAGCAGAUGGGGAUAGUUUCAAGAUGAAACUCAACACUCAAGAACUUUUUGAUGACUGGACACGCAAGGUAAGUGAAGUUCACAAUGUCUGUUUUAUUCACUUAAUAUUUUGAUAAACUGUAAGUUUAUUGCAAUAAAUAACUUCAAUAUGUUGUAUUAAUUAUUGACUACCAGGGAAACAAAAUACAUGCUAUGAUGAAAAUUUGGGCUAGAGUCUCUGAUGUACUGAUGCACAGUUAACAUAAUCUGAGCAUUGUGGUUUUGAUUUGUUAAGCUUGGAGUUAAAUAUUCUGCUGCAACUACUGUUUUUCAGCCAUCAUUGCUGUUGACUCUGGACAUUUUUCAUCAAUAUUUAAACAAAUUAAUACAUGAUUUGUUGUAAUUGGAAAAAUUGAAAAAACCUCCAAAAACUAUAAGGUGAACUGCCAAAAACAAUAGUUAAAUUUGUAUCAAGAAGAAAACAAAAUUUCUUGUAUUCAACCCUAAAUAGGUUCAGAACAAACAGCUGACAGUUGUGGGGAAGAUAUACACCAUCACCAGUGUAAGGGUACCCAACAAAGGAAACAUUCUCAAACUUGGAGUCAACUUCCAGAGGGAAAUCAUCCAACUGUCCAAAGAGGUUAGUGCUUCCUAAAAUUGGUAUACUUUGUAAAUGACCUAGAAAAUAGAGACUUGUAUGAAAAUCUCCAGUAGAGAAAAUAGUGGGUUGAGUUAUUGCUCUAAUUGAAUUAAUUGAUGUCAUUCACUAUAAAGGUGCGCAAUUUGAGAUGGCUUGGGUUCAGAGUUCCUCUUGCUAAUGUCAACAAAGCUCACCAGGCCAAUCAGCUGUAUCCAUUUGCCAUUUCUCUCAUGGAAAGUGUCCAGUCCUAUGACAAAACUCUUAAAAAGGUAAGUAUAAUAAUUAGCUUACAUAGAUAGGUAAAUGGAAAAUUUAGUUGUGAUUUUACUUAACCCUUUUUUAUAAAAGAUUAGUGAAAAGUAAAGUCAAGUUUUUGAGGAUCUUAGCUCUAUAAAACCUUCCACCUGUCAUAUCUUAAGAUUGCCUGUCAAUCUUAUUAUUUUUUAAAUAUAUCCUAGCACAUAUACAUUUCAUGAUUCUUAUCUAGAGAUUUAAAAAUAAUUGAUUUAAAAUAAUUUUUAUAAAUUAAGAAUAAUUAAUUUUUUAUAAUAAUUAUUUCAAAAAAUAUUUUUUUUUUUAAAAUGCAAAACAGAUCUUUCAUAAGCCCUAAUGGGUUUAGAUCAAAUGUAAAAUUAAGCAGUUUACUGCAUAAAUUUCUUUAGUAAAUUACAUUAAUAACAAACCCUUGGUGAAUUUACAAUUGCAAAUCUGAUUAUAAGACAUGAUUUAACGCAACUAAAACAAAUUGUGUAGCUGGAACAUUGCAUAGUUUUACUGCAACAACGGUAUCACAUUAUACCACUAAUGGUAUUGAAAGGUGUUCUUUUUAUCGUCUAGAAAAUUUCUUUAUAACAUUAAUUAAAAAUAACACCCUUUAAAAAAAUUGCACUCAAGUUCUUUCCAUCAAAACCAAACAUUUUUAUUUAGAUUGAAAGCAAAGAUUCCUUGAAGCUAUUGAUUGCGGGCUUGAGGAAAGAGUUGCAGAACUUGAUAGCUGAUGGAUGCUGCCUUCAAUGGGAGUCUUACAAACUGGAUCCUUAUGUACAAAGGCUUGCAGACAGUGUCAUCAACUUCCAGGAAAAGGUAAUUAAAAUAAUAUGUGCGGAUCAAUUAAUUUAACAUUUGGUCCAUUAAAUUUAUAGCAGAUUGUAUUAAACUGACGUUAUUAACUUAAUUUUUUUUAGGACUUAACUUAAGUCAGCGUUUAUAUUUUAGAAAAAAAAUUAUCCCUUGUUCAUGCAAUCUCUAAGUUAAAUUACCCUAAAUGAAUCAGUGUCCCAUGAAUGACCAGUCUAUUAUUUAAAUAGGUUGAUGAUCUGCUGUCCAUGGAAGAAGAGAUUGAUGUUGAAGUCAGAGCCUUAGAGACUUGUACCUACAAUGCUGGAACUUUUAGAGAAAUCUUAAGCAGGAUCCAGAAAGCAGUUGACAAUCUCAGUCUUCGUUCAUAUUCAAACCUGCCCCUCUGGGUAGCUCAGUUGGAUGAAGAGGUAAAUGUUGAACCAGAUUAUAUUUUAACACAUUCAGUUAAUGAAUUUAUUCUUUCUUUCUGUAUCAACUUGGUAAAUUUUGUUCAUAAAUAUCACUAAAUUGGAUCUGAUGAUUUUUAUAGGUGGAAAAGAAGCUGGCUGCUCGUUUGGAGGCUGGCCUAAAAGCUUGGACCCAAGCCCUUUUGGGACAAAGAGAUCACAAUGUUGACCUUUCUAUGGACACUGAUGAUGAGCCUAAACAGCCAACACACAAACCAGGUGGAGACCCCAAGAUCAAGGUAUAUAAAAAUGCUUUUUAAAAAAAUACUUUCUUAUUUUACUACAAAUGAUAAUUUUGUAAUUUAAAAUUUUAAUAUUGUGUAAAUUAGUAUAAUAAUUCCUAUACUUUUAUUGAUCCAAAUAAAUGGAAAUGUUUUUUAUUGCAUUGUACGUAUUCAUUUUCAGCACAUAAAUAAAUAUAAAUACAUAUCUUAACCAAGACAACAUUUUACAACUAUAAAAAUUUUAGACAAGACAUGUAAAGUAUAACGUUUGUAUUAGCCAUGGUUGAUCUCCCUUAGUAACAAUAAUGACUUAAUUAGUGAUUAUUUAUAUUAGGUAAUUUGUCAUUUAACAAAGACAUGAGAUCUUUAUAAAACUAUCUGAGAAAUCUCUUAUUCUUAAAAAAUGAUUCGCUUUAUGCUCACUUUGGUUAAGUACUGUAGUUUAAUGGGGGGAUCUAUUUUACCUAGAUAAUGGUUUUAAAAUGAAAGAAAUCCAUGUAGUUGUCUAACUUGUAUGCUGUUGACUUUACUUCCUUGUAGAGUCUGGUCCAUGAGUUACGAAUCACCAAUCAACUGAUGUAUGUAAGCCCGCCAGUUGAGGAUGCUCAAUUCAACAUUCUGCAAGAACUCUUUGCAUGGGAGGCUGUUGUCACCAGCCUGCCUCGUAUACAGCACUCAAGAUACCAGGUACUUAGAAAAAAUAAUUUUUUUUAUUUAAUGAGUUUAUUUUUUCCUGAGCAUUUUUAAAAGGUAGCCUGAUAAGCAAUGGUUGCCACAAUGUGUAAACUUCCCAUCUAUUAAAGUUACUUUACAAAACAUGCAUUGAAGUAACGCACUUUAUAAGAUUCCCAAUAAGUGUCCCUUCUUCCCCCUUGUACACCACCGCCCUGAACUAUAUUAAUUUUGUAAUACCCCUUUUACACUGCAUAUUUAUUACACCAUGUCAGUAAAAGAAAAGUAAAUAUCACACACCAACGCCCUAUCAGUAUUUUUAAGAACCUCAUUUAGUUAUUGGGAAUUUUAUUUACUUAAAUCAGCACCAUCUGGUAGCGUUCGUGACAUUUUUAUACAGAGAAAGUUAUGUAUUUUGAGAAUUUGUGUAUUUAUUUUUUUUACCAUUGUUUGAAAAGACAGGUUGAAAGCAGAGUCAGAAGCAAAUAAUGUGUGUUAUUUAUUUUUUUUACCAUUGUUUGAAAUGCAGGUUGGCCUGCAAGCAGAGUCAGAAGCAGAUAGUUCAUACCGUAAUGUGUUGACUAAAUUACCUGAAGGCCCUGUUGUGUUGGAAUAUGCCUAUUCAGCCAUACAGAAAAGUGUAGAAGAAUUCAGGAAAUAUGUCAAUGUAAGUAUAUAACUUCUAUUUUCAAUCACUUUGGAAAGUGCUAAUUCAACUUUUAAAUAUUUAUUUUUCACCAAAUGUUUCAAACUUUUUAAAUUAAAAAAAAAUAUAAGUUGCAAAUGGAUUAUUUAUGUUCAGGUUUGGCUCCGUUACCAAUCCCUAUGGGAUUUGAACCCUGAUGUGUUGUACUCUCGACUAGGCAACAAUCUAGUUCGAUGGAUGAAAGCACUAGAAGAUAUCAAGUAAGUCAAGAGCACAUCGAUCAACAUUUCUUUUAAUUGCUUCUUAAUUUAUAUGUAACACAUUUAAUCUAGUCAUGUGUUGAAGCUAUGAAAUGUUUUAUUACUGCUUAAGCUAAAAAGUAAACAAACCAUUAACUUAUUAUAAUUAAAAAAGAGUUUUUGCGUUUGCAUGACAAUGAAGUGUUUAAAUAAAAUGUGGCUAUUGUUAGUGAUUUUCUAAUUUAGUUAACAGUAAACCACAAAGGUGCUUAAGUUGUUUUUUUUAAAACUAAUUAUUUUCUUCAUUUUAGGGCUUCUCGCAAGACCUUUGACACCUCUGAAACACAAAAAGAGAUUGGUCCACUCAUCAUCCAGUUUGGCAAAGUAAGUAUUUACUUAAACUAUUACCUUAUGGAAUUUGAACCUGUCUUACAUAUUAUAAUAAAUUAAAUUCUAUUUAGUCACUUUCAAAUUUUUUAAGUAGAAAUCUUCAUGUAAUACAAUUUUUUUAAAAACACCUCAAAAUUUGUUGUGCCCUAUAACUAUGUAUUUUAGUAUUUAUACUAUAAUAGUUUUGUAACUUUCUGUAUUUAUGUGCAACUGAUAGGUUCAGUCCAAAGUUUCCCUGAAAUAUGACUCAUGGCACAAAGAAGUUCUCAGCAAGUUUGGAUCACUGUUGGGUAAUGAGAUGGCAGAAUUCCAUUCCCAAGUUUCAAAAGUAAUUAACAUUUUUAUUAAUUUUUUAUAUGGAUAAAUCAGCAUGAAUUAUAAUCCAUUAAAAUGAAGGAGAAAGGAAUAUAGAAUAUAUGCUUGUAUAUCAACCAUCUGUAAAACAAAUGUGUAUUUAAUUAAGUUAUAUUCACGUGUUUGUGUAACAUGUUGCAGUCUCGAACUGACCUGGAAUCUCAGUCCAUUGACACAGCAAACACAUCUGAAGCUGUUGGCCUCAUCACUCAUGUUCAAUCGCUUAAGCGCAAAGUUAAAUCUUGGGAGAAACAAGUGGAAGUGAGCAAAUCUUGUAUUCAUUCAUAGCUUAUUUAGUUGGUUCUCAUUUGUUACUGAAGUGGCCAGUAUUUGAAAAUAUUAUGUUUCCAUGCUGCAUUUUGCUAUUCUCCAAAACUGAAUAAAAAAAUAAUUUCAAGAACACACAGCAUUUUAAAUGCUUAUACCGUAAACUACAUAAAUUGCUAAGUUGUGAAAGGGAUUAAAAAAAAUUAUACCAGCACAGUUAAAAUUGUUUUUAAGCAACAUAAUAUUUGCUAUUUCUUCAUUAUAGUUAUCCUGAUGUUAUUUUCUAGACAUAUAAAGAAGGCCAGCGCAUCCUUGAGCGUCAGAGAUUCCAAUUUCCAGCUCAAUGGCUUUAUAUUGACAACAUUGAAGGAGAGUGGGGAGCCUUCUCAGACAUCAUGAAGAGAAAAGACUCCUCAAUCCAAACCAGAGUUGCCAGUUUGCAAAUGAAGAUUGCCUCAGAGGAUACCCUCAUAGAAAACAAGACAGGCACACUUUUACAAGAAUGGGAAAAAGAGAAACCUGUUACGGUAGGUAGAUUUAAUGGAUCGUGGUCAAAAUAAUGAAUAAGAAAUGUGGAACUCAGAAAUAUUAGAUUAUUGGCUCCCAAUUUUAUUUUGAGUUACAUAUUGCCUUACUAACGACAGUAUAAUUCUACCAUAAUUAUUUCCUUGAUUUUGGCACUUGUCCUAUUGUCGGAUGGACUUUUACUGACUUUCAUCAGUUAUAGCGUUGCCAUGUCUUAACUUUUUUUUUUUAAACAACAAAAUUUCACCUGUUAGCGCCCCCCCCCCCCCCCCCCCCCCGUACUUUUUAAUGGAAUUUAUGCUACUAAAUAGUUUUUAAAUAAAUUUUUUAAGUGGUCUUAUAUAGCAAGGUGAGCCCAGUCCUAGGCUGGGGUACUGCACUGUAUGAGACCACUAAUAAUAAUAAUCAAUUUUUAAUUUUGUUAUCAGAAUUUAAAAAUUUUAUAGUAUUAUCAAUAUUCUCUAUGUUUAGGGUGAGAUGAGACCUGACAAUGCACUAAAGGCCCUCACCAUAUUUGAGGGCAAAUUUUCUAGGCUGAAAGAAGAAAGAGACAAUGUAGCAAAGGCAAAAGAAGCCCUUGAACUUACUGAACCAGGUAGGCCUUUAAUAUAUUGUUGUGGUCACUCUCUUAAGCCAGGUUUUCCAAAAUGUUAAACACUUUAAACCUAAAACUUUUGACAUUAACUUUCAUAAAGUAUUUGGUUUAUCAUCUGAUAGAAAAUGUACUUUCCAUCCAUACAGUUCUUUUUUAAACAUAUUUUUACAGUACGUUGGGAUGCCCUAGAUCUUCAAUACAUUUUAAGCACAUAUGAAAUACAUAUUUUUGAAAAAGUCAAGAUUCUGAUUUGAUUGAUGCACAAGUUAACUUAUUCUGAACAUAACCACUAUGUCUAAAUAUAUAAGUUUGCAUUAUGCAAAAACAAAAAUAUGACCAUGUUAUGAUGAAAACUUGGGCUAGAGUCUCUGAUUUGAUUGAUGCACAAGUUAACUCAUUCUGAACAUAACCACUAUGUCUAAAUAUAUAGGGUAAGGAUUAUGCAAAAACAAAAAUAUGACCAUGUUAGAGUCUCUGAUUUGAUUGAUGCACAAGUUAACUCAUUCUGAACAUAUCCACUAUGUCUAAAUAUCUAGGGUAAGGAUUAUGCAAAAACAAAAUUAUGACCAUGUUAUGAUGAAAACUUGGGCUAGAGUCUCUGAUUUGAUUGAUGCACAAGUUAACUCAUUCUGAACAUAACCACUGUCUAAAUAUAUAGGGUAAGGAUUAUGCAAAAACAAAAUUCUGACCAUGUUAUGAUGAAAACUUGGGCUAGAGUCUCUGAUUUGAUUGAUGCACAAGUUAACUCAUUCUGAACAUAACCACUAUGUCUAAAUAUAUAGGGUAAGGAUUAUGCAAAAACAAAAAUAUGACCAUGUUAGAGUCUCUGAUUUGAUUGAUGCACAAGUUAACUCAUUCUGAACAUAACCACUGUCUAAAUAUAUAGGGUAAGGAUUAUGCAAAAACAAAAUUCUGACCAUGUUAUGAUGAAAACUUGGGCUAGAGUCUCUGAUUUGAUUGAUGCACAAGUUAACUCAUUCUGAACAUAACCACUAUGUCUAAAUAUAUAGGGUAAGGAUUAUGCAAAAACAAAAAUAUGACCAUGUUAGAGUCUCUGAUUUGAUUGAUGCACAAGUUAACUCAUUCUGAACAUAUCCACUAUGUCUAAAUAUAUACGGUAAGGAUUAUGCAAAAACAAAAAUAUGACCAUGUUAUGAUGAAAACUUGGGCUAGAGUCUCUGAUUUGAUUGAUGCACAAGUUAACUCAUUCUGAACAUAACCACUAUGUCUAAAUAUAUACGGUAAGGAUUAUGCAAAAACAAAAAUAUGACCAUGUUAUGAUGAAAACUUGGGCUAGAGUCUCUGAUUUGAUUGAUGCACAAGUUAACUCAUUCUGAACAUAUCCACUAUGUCUAAAUAUCUAGGGUAAGGAUUAUGCAAAAACAAAAAUAUGACCAUGUUAUGAUGAAAACUUGGGCUAGAGUCUCUGAUUUGAUUGAUGCACAAGUUAACUCAUUCUGAACAUAUCCACUAUGUCUAAAUAUCUAGGAUUGAAUUAAGCAAUAAAUAGUUCUAAACAAUGUCAGAUUAGUUUUUUUUGGUUUUGUCAUGCACUGAACAAAUUUUGGGGGCAUAUCAAAUACUAUAAUUAAUCAAAAUAUAAUUGAAAUUUUUGUUUCUAAAAUUGUAAAGGCUAUGUGAGCCCGAGCCAUGAACGUAUGCAAGUUGGCCUGGAGGAACUCCAAGAUUUGAAGGGAGUCUGGCAGGAGUUGGCUAAGAUUUGGGAACAGAUUGAUGAGCUGAAAGAGAAGCCCUGGCUCUCUGUUGCUCCUCGAAAAGUAAGGCUUACCUCAUAUUUUUUUGUGACCUGAACAUUGACAAUAAUUAAUCAAAUGGUUUUAUUUUUUUAGGUGAUCAAUUUAGAAAAUUAAUUUUAACAGAUUUUAAAAUUGAAAGUCUGUUGUGAUAAUCAGAUUGUCUUAAAUAUGGUAGAUUUAAAACAUUAGUUCAUUUUGCUUUUAUUAAAUUUCACCCCCCACCCACCUAGGGGCUCUUUCCCCCAAAGGUUGUAUCCUGCCAGUGCAAGCCACCAAAAAAAAAAAAAAAAAAAAAAAAUUAAAAAAAAAACAUUAGUUCAUUUUGCUUUUAUUAAAUUUCACCCCCCACCCCCCUAGGGGCUCUUUCCCCCAAAGGUUGUAUCCUGCCAGUGCAAGCCACCAAAAAAAAAAAAAAAAAGAAAUUAAAAAUAAUCUCUCCUCAUAUGUUAUGAUGAAAGCUUGGGCUAGAGUCUCUGAUAUUGGCUGAUGCACAAGUUCAUUUAAUCUGAACAUAAAAACUUUUCUUUCUCAUGACCUCAGUUGUGUUUAUCUUGUCAUUGCUUUGAUUUUCUCUGCUUUUUUAAAAAAAAAAUCACAGAAAAUGUCUGAAAAGUCUUUUUGUUUUAAUCAGUCACUGAAGUUAGGAAUGUCUUUUAUUGCUAAAGGAACCAAUAAUUUAGGUGUUUCUUAAUCUAUAGAGUUUAGAUGAAAGGUCUUUUGUAGUGUUGAAACCUAUAAAAAUGUAUGUUUGCCCAUGAUCAUUCUGGCCAUCAUAUGUUGUUAGAUGAUUUAGUCUCCUACAUUUUAUAGGGAUGAACGUAGAGGUAAGACCUCACUUAAUGAUCUUUUCAUAUUCCAGCUAAGACAGUCCAUUGAUGGACUUCUAAAUGUGAUGAAAGAGCUGCCAGCAAGACUGCGAGCAUACUCUUCAUUUGAAUAUGUCAAAAAACAACUGCAGCAAUAUGCCAAGGUUUGGGACUAUGUAUUUUUUAAAUUUACAAAUUUCAAUAUCCAUUUUAGUAGUCUUCCUAAUUAUAUCAUGUUAAAUUGUGCUGAAUUUUAAAGAGCUGUAUUUUUUACUAAAAUUACUUCAAAUAAAAUUUAGAACUGUGAAAUUCAUUUCUUUUAACAUGUCAUAAAGAACAGAUUGAAGAGAAAACUUUCAUGGCGGUCACUACCAUACUUUUAUUAAGUGUUUUUUUUUUUUAAUUUUCUUAAAUCAUCCUUUAAUAAGAUGGCCUAUAUAUCCUGGUGUAUAUAAAUAUGUAGGUGAAUGUGUUGAUUGUGGAACUAAAGUCUGAAGCUCUGAAAGAGCGACACUGGAAGCAGCUGAUGAAAAGACUUAACGUGAACUGGGUGCUCUCCGAGUUGACACUUGGCAACAUCUGGGACAUUGACUUUGUCAGACAUGAACUCACCAUCAGGGAUGUUAUCAGUGUGGCUCAGGGUGAGAUGGCUCUUGAAGAGUUUUUGAAACAGGUCAGUUUUAUUUAGCGAAACAGCUUUUCUAUUCAAGUUAUAACUGCUAAUAUAUAGAUUAAAAUAAGUUUCAAAUUUAUAUAUAUACACACUGAGACCAAAGUCGUGAAUCCAUUGAUUAUAUAUGUAGCAAAAGUGUAUGCAAGUGUAUACAAAUAUGUAUGUGUGAUGGUUGGCCGAGUGGUUUAAAUUGUCUCACUCCAAAUAGUGGUGGUCUUGAGUUCAAUGCCUUCCAAAGCCAAAAGUCAAGUCCCAGGUGGAUGGGACUCGUUAGCCUUAGAAGGAAACUCAUCUAAGAGAAGGCUAAAUCUGAAUUCAAACCAUGAGCCAAAAUGAUCAAUAAAUUGAUUGUGGGCCCUCAAAUAUAGGGGGGGGGGGGAAUUAAUAUUAAAAUCAUUUACAAAAAUAUAAUAAUUACCAAAUGCUAACAUACAAUAUUUCAUUUUUUUGUUUUUUAUUAUCUCAAUUGAUUAAAUUAUUAAGUUACUUCAAAACUAAUGAAAGUUUUCUCUUUAAUAUUUAUAUAAUUUCAAGUAUUGUUUCAACUUUAUUUUGCUUCAUGAAGUAAUCUUGGGUAAUCUUACCAAGGUUUUAAUCUCCAUAUAAACCAUUUUAGCUAUCAAUUUAGGCAUUCAUUGUAUUUAUGUUCAUAAAUCACUAGGUGAGUGAAGUGUGGCGCAGCUAUGAGCUGGACUUGAUCAACUAUCAGAACAAGUGUCGUCUGAUCCGAGGAUGGGAUGACCUGUUCACCAAAGUCAAAGAGCACAUCAACAGUGUUACUGCAAUGAAACUCUCGCCUUAUUACAAGGUAAGUUUUGGCCGAUUUGGUCUCCUUAAACUGGUAGCCACAUUUUUAAUCUUACGUUUAAGAAACUAUAAGACUGAGUGAUACUAAUUAUGUUACUUAUAUCAUAUUAUAUUAAAAAAUAAAAUCCAAGAUAUAAAAAUUGUAAACAAAAUUGAUGUUACUGGGGGCGAACUUUUGGACUUAUUGCAUCAUUCAUGAAAAUUAUUUGUGGUCUUUAUAGCAAUUUGAAGAGGAUGCACUGUCAUGGGAAGAUAAGCUGAACCGUAUCAAUGCAUUGUUUGAUGUCUGGAUUGAUGUUCAGAGGAGAUGGGUUUACCUUGAAGGUAUUUUCACAGGCAGCGCUGACAUCAAACAUUUACUUCAAGUGGAGACCACACGUUUUCAGGGGUAUGAUUAUUUUAAAGAAUAAAAAAUAUAUAUACUGGUUUUGAUUUCCAAGACACAGAAAGUUUUUUUAAAACUUACUUGUUAUAUAAAUAUUAGAUUAAUAAUAUAUUUUUAAAAAUUCGGGUAGCCUCAAUGUUUUUUUAUUUACAAAUUGGUCUUUCAUAUUUGAUGUUUUUUAAACAAAGAAUAAUAAGGUUUCUGCAAAAGAAAAGUUAACUAAAGGCAUAUUUACCAUUUUUAUAAACGUUUUUAAUAUCUUAUUUAAAUACAUCUUCAGAGUGAGCACUGAAUAUUUGGGCUUGAUGAAGAAAGUAGCAAAGUCCCCACUAGUCAUGGAUGUCUUGAACAUUCCCAAUGUGCAGAGACAAUUAGAGAGACUUGCAGAUCUGCUCAGCAAGAUUCAGAAAGCUCUUGGUGAAUACUUGGAGAGGGAGAGAGCUUCCUUCCCUAGGUCAGUAUUACAUGACAAUAACACGUUAUUUUAGAACAUAUUAGAAAUUAAAUUGUCUUAAUUGGUACAUGCAACAAAAUUUAUGGUUUCUGGGGUUUAAAAAAAAAAAGCUGAAUUGAUGGUAUAGCUAUUUUUUUAUUACUGUUUACUCUUUCAAUAGGAAUGCAAUUAAUAUUAGUGGAAAGACAUUCAAUGAUAUUUUUUUAAUGAAAAAAUUUUCUAUGUGGUAAUAAAAGAUUCAUGAUGAAAACUUGGGCUAGAGUCUCUGACAUGAGUGAUGCACAAGCUUACUUUUUCUGAACUUUUUUAUUCAAGACCCGUCAAAUGUAGAUUUAUGUUAAGUCCAUUCAUAUACACAAAAUAUGUUUUAAAAAUUACUCUUUCACACUAGUGUUACAAUUUUAAAUAUUUAAUGCAAAAUAUCAUGAAUUACAUUUUUAGUCCUGUAUUAUAUUUUUAGAAUGAUUAAAUUACAAUAUUUUAAUUCUUAUUUCCUUUACAUCCUUCUACACCUUAUUAAAUUUGACAUAAUUUUGAUAUUUCAGAUUCUACUUUGUGGGAGAUGAAGACUUGCUGGAAAUCAUUGGCAACAGCAAAAACAUUCCUCGUUUGCAGAAGCACUUCAAGAAAAUGUUUGCUGGUGUUGCUUCCAUCAUACUCAGUGAGGAUGAGUCUCAUGUUAUUGGCUUGACCUCAAAAGAAGGAGAAGAGGUAAGGGCUUUUGUUUUUAAACAAUUAUAAUGGACCAGGAUCAUUAAACUUUACCAAAAAGGUAAAAAAAAAAUUUCCAUUUAUUAGCAAACCAAGUAAUCCAUUUGCAUUUUCUUAUUAAAAUACCUUAGGAAAUAAUAGAUUUGCCAUGAUAAGUUUCUAAACUCUAUUUUUAACAGGUGAUCUAUGCUUCUCCAGUAUCUAUCGCAGCCCACCCUAAGAUCAAUGAAUGGCUGACACUAGUAGAAAAGGAAAUGAGAGUCACCCUUGCCAAACUGCUGGCUAAUGCAGUACAGGACAUGGCAGCUUUCAAAGGAGGAAAAGUUGAACCAUCAAAGUAUCUUGAAUGGGUUGAUAAAUACCAGGUAAUAGUCAUACACUAUAACACUUACAUAUAUGGUUCAACUUUUAAUUUAAAUUGAAGGAAAUAAGUGAACACAACAAAGUCAGCAAGAAGUUUUCUUCAACGAUUGUACAAUUAAUCAAACAAUAAAGUUCAUACUGGAUUUUACUUUAAAAUUUUAUGAUGCAUAUUUUUGUGUAUUUGAUUGAUGAUGUUUAUUAUUUUAAUCUAGGCCCAACUGGUGGUUCUGGCUGCACAAAUCUCAUGGUCAGAAAGCAUGGAGCAAGCUCUACAGACUGCAGCCAACAAAGGAGGUGACAUGGCAGCAGUUAUGGAAGUUUUGGGCACUGUUGAGUCAACACUCAAUGUACUGGCUGACUCUGUGUUACAUGAACAGCCUCCUGUCAGACGCAAGAAACUGGAGAGCCUGGUAAAAAAAUAAUUAUUAAAAUGGUGAAAAAAUUAAACCGCACAUUGAGGAUUUGCUCUACAAAAGUAUAAUAGAUUUACAUACAUUUUUUGUUCAAAUUUUUAAAGGUGCUACAUGUUAAAUUAGUUAUGAAUUUUAUUCCAAAAUAAACUAAUUAAUAAAAAUUAUUUAAAGAUUCUAGACAUUAUUUUAAUUAUUUUAAUAAUAAGAUCUGUUGUUCUGAAUUACUUUCAAAAUAUAAUUACUUAAUAAUUUUCAUAUGAAAUGUCCAUAAUUAAGAAUAAAAUUAUACUUUAUACUUAGAGUUUUGAAAUUAUUGAUUUAUAUUUAACUUUAUGACUGGAAAUAUGAAGCUACAGCUGUAUGCUGUAUGUUGUUUUAUUCAUCAUUGCAUAACCAUUAUCCCGUAAGUACAUGAUUUGUAUCAAUGAUUCCCAUAGAUCACUGAGCUUGUCCACCAGCGUGAUGUGAGCAGAAGCAUGGUGAAAAAUAAAGUUAACAACCCUAAGUCCUUUGACUGGCUGGCACAGAUGAGAUUCUAUUUUGAUCCCAAGAACACAGAUGUCCUCCAACAACUUUCCAUUCAGGUUUGUCAUUCUAAAAUAAAUUUUCAUUUUAUUUUUCAUCUGUUUUGGGUCAUUUGGUUAUUCAAUUUUUAACGACCGUCAUACUUACGGGGUAACUUAAAGGAAAAUAUUUAAUAUUUAAUUCUUGAAUAUACCUAAUUCAAAGUUUUGUGAUAUAUUACAAAUUAUAUACUGUGUAGUUCCAAAGAAAAAUUGCAUUUGAAAUAGUGUGUAAAAAAGAGUCUUCCUAUUUUGCUCCUCAGAUGGCUAAUGCCAAGUUCAAUUAUGGCUUUGAAUAUCUCGGAGUUCAAGACAAACUUGUUCAAACCCCUCUUACAGAUCGCUGUUACUUGACUAUGACACAAGCUCUUGAGGCAAGGCUAGGAGGCUCUCCAUUUGGUAAAGCAUUUAUGUCAAUUAUAACACUGUCAUUGAGUCAAUUUACUUUAUAGAAACUUGGAGUAAAUAGCUUUGAUUUAGUAUUGUAUCUCUUUUAGGGACACCUGUUAAAUAAGACCUGAAAAUUUCACGUAACGCUUAUCCCAAGGCUCCAGUAAAUAAAAUUUAAAACAAUAAUAGAGCUCUAACAAUAAUACAUGAACAAAAAAAAAUUUGAAAGAAAAAGGACAAUGCAACUGUAGAUCAGGGUUUUGUUGUAAAAUAUGUGUGUAUCCACAACUAGUUUUACAUUAAAUGUGUUUCUUUAUUUCCAUAGGUCCUGCUGGAACUGGAAAGACUGAAUCUGUCAAAGCCUUGGGCAAUCAGCUGGGAAGAUUUGUUCUGGUCUUCAACUGUGAUGAAACCUUUGAUUUCCAGGUGAAUAACGCAUCCCACUAAAUAGUUGAAGCCAUUUCAUGCUGUGGUAUAUUUAUGUGCUUCAUACUUUAACAGUAAUUUUCUUAUAAUUUUUUUCCUUUACAAUUGUCCAGGCCAUGGGCCGUAUCUUUGUCGGUCUUUGUCAAGUAGGAGCCUGGGGCUGCUUUGACGAGUUCAAUCGUUUGGAGGAACGCAUGCUUUCUGCUGUCUCACAGCAGAUUCAAACAAUUCAAGAGGCAUUGAAAGAUUUGGCCAGUCCAGACAAGAAGGACAAAGGUAAGACAGGUUGACUUUUAUUUAAUUUGUGAUGUAAACCAGAAAUUUUAAUUUAUGUCAAGUGUUACGUGAAAUGGAGGAUUUUUAAAUAACUCAUUUUUUUACAGGCUACAGACUUUGAUUUUAUGCAAAAUUAAUGCAUUUGGAAUAUUUUUUCCCUUAAAGUGAUGAUUUUAAAUAUUUAUUUUGACAUGAAAGGCUGUUUGAAAUUCAUUUUUAUUUACAGAAAUAAUAAAGCUAAUGUGAUUUUAAUUAUGAAAAUUGGAUUUUUCAAUUGGUCUUAAAUUGAUGUGGGUUUUUUUAUUAAUCUCUAGGAAAUGGCCCUAUCCUAGUAGAGCUUAUCGGCAAGCAAGUCAAAGUCAAUCCAGAUAUGGCUGUCUUUAUCACCAUGAAUCCUGGCUAUGCCGGUCGCUCUAAUCUACCUGACAACUUGAAAAAACUUUUCCGCUCCCUGGCUAUGACAACCCCUGACCGUCAGCUCAUUGCUCAGGUUAUGCUGUACUCUCAGGGCUUUAGACAAGCUGAGAAAUUGGCAAGCAAGAUUGUACCUUUUUUCAAGUUAGUAUCAUAACUAUUAUUUCUAACUAUUUGAUAAUUGCCAUAGAAAAAUGACAAUCUGCAGAACUUACAAAAAGUGAAGUGUAAAAAAAAAAAAUGAAUUUAAAGCAUUUUCAUUUAAAGGUCAUUUGUAUUCAUAAAAUGUAUUUUCAUUUCAAAAUAUUUCUAUCAAACUUGUUUAUAAUUGAAGGUUAUUUUCUACUUAGGAAAAUAUAUUUUCAAUUUCUCCGUUGUGUUACUGAUAAUCCUUAAAUGAAUUUAUUUUCUGAAUUGUGUGAAAAAACAAAUUUAACUGGAAUAUUUCAUUCCAGGCUAUGUGAUGAGCAGCUUUCACCUCAGUCCCACUACGACUUUGGCCUGAGAGCUUUGAAAUCUGUACUGGUCAGUGCUGGUAAUGUAAAGAGAGACAAGAUCCAAUAUGUCAAACAGGGUAUGAUCGAGAGAGGAGAAACAGUGGAUGAAACAACCAUUGCUGAAAAUAUCUCAGAACAAGAGGUAUGACCAUUAUAUUUCUAUAUUUGUGUUGUGUGAUUGUAUAUGCCCAAUAUAAAUGUUUGAAUAAAUAUAUAUAUAUAUAUAUAUAUAUAUAUAUAUAUAUAUAUAUAUAUAUAUAUGUGUGUAUAUAUUUCUAUAUUAAAAUGUUAUUUUUUUAUAUAUAUAUUUAAAUAUAAAUAUAUAUAUAUAUAUAUAUAUAUAUAUAUAUAUAGAUAUAUAUAUAUAUAUAUAUAUAUGUGUGUAUAAGUUUCUAAAUUAAAAUGCUAUUGAAUUAUAUAUUGAUUCAAAUAUACUUGCAGAAAUCAUCCUGUCCGGCUUAUAAUCUUUGGAGGUUCCUAAUUUUAUUUUUCUUAGAUUUUGAUUCAAAGUGUGAUGGAGACAAUGGUGCCCAAACUGGUAGCUGAAGAUAUUCCAUUGUUGCAUAGCCUUUUGAGUGAUGUGUUUCCAGGUGUAGAGUACACUGCUGCAGAAAUGACCGCUUUGCGCAACCAAAUCAGGAAAGUCUGUGAGGAAAUGUACCUUGUUUAUGGAGAAGGUGAUGAAAUGGGAACCAUGUGGGUUGAAAAGGUUAGAAUUUUUUAAAAGCUUAAGCAUAAGAUCACUGCUAGAGAUUUGUAGGGUGUUAAGUGUAAUUUCAAAUGAUUUUGUUUUUUCUAAUCACUCGGCAAAUAAUUUUAAUAAUUUCCAGUUAUUUGAUAAGACAAAAUAAUAACAACGUAUCAAGUCUUUACAAAUAGCAUAUUCCUUAUAGUAAAAAAAUCUAUCAUUAUUUAGCUCACAAAAAAAAAAAAUAUCUAAAGUAAUGCAGCAAUUUGUUUUGUUUCAUAAAAUAACUUAAGGUUCUCCAACUGUAUCAAAUCACCCUCCUACAUCAUGGUCUCAUGAUGGUGGGACCCAGUGGAAGUGGGAAGUCUAUGGCCUGGCAAGUGCUGCUCAAGGCUUUAGAAAGAUUGGAAGGAACAGAAGGAGUGGCUCAUGUCAUUGAUCCUAAGGUACUAGAUUAUAUUAAUUUUUUAAAAAAUAACAUAUUUGUUUUAACUCGUUAAGCUAUGACAAUACAGUACGUUAUUAAUUAUACUACUCUCUCCUCUCUUUAUUUAGUCUCAAUACAGUACGUUAUUAAUUAUACUACUCUCUCCUCUCUUUAUUUAGUCUCAAUACAGUACGUUAUUAAUUAUACUACUCUCUCCUCUCUUUAUUUAGUCUCAAUACAGUACGUUAUUAAUUAUACUACUCUCUCCUCUCUUUAUUUAGUCUCAAUACAGUACGUUAUUAAUUAUACUACUCUCUCCUCUCUUUAUUUAGUCUAUCUCCAAAGAGGCCCUCUAUGGUAAUAUGGACCCCAACACCAGGGAGUGGACUGAUGGUCUCUUCACCCAUGUCUUGAGAAAGUAAGUUAUUUUUCAUACUUAACAUUAAAGUUCUGAUGUUUUCAUGUAAACAUGUGAGUGUACAAAAAUUGAUUUUUUUCAUCAAAAAUAUUUUUAAAAAUAAAGAUUAGGCAAAUCGAAGUAUGUAGUAUAGAUAAUGGUUAACAGAAAUUAUGUAGAAUAAAUUAUGGUAAAUAGAUGUGAUGUAGAAUAGAUAAUGUUAAAAUUUCUAGUUAACUACUCAUGAACUAAUUUUAAAAAGAAAUUUUUUAAAAUAUAUAAACUGUAUAAAGGACAAUUUAUUAAAAGCACAUCCUUCAUCUUAUAACUUUAUUAAUUUUGCUAUUAUUUUCUGCAUUUUUUUUUCAAUACUCAUUAUUUAAUGUCACUCAUGAUAAAUUAUAUAUAAUGCUUUAUUCAAAUUAACUGACAAAAAUUUCAUUGGAAUUCAUCCCAUGAAUUUUUUUAGGAUCAUUGACAAUGUCAGAGGUGAACUUGGUAAACGUCAAUGGAUCAUUUUUGAUGGUGAUGUAGACCCUGAAUGGGUUGAAAACCUUAACUCUGUACUUGAUGACAACAAGCUUUUGACCCUUCCCAAUGGCGAGCGUCUCGGCAUUCCUCCUAAUGUGAGUACAUUUUUAAAAAAAAACAAAGAAUUGAAUUUAUUUCUAUCAUCUUCUAUCAUCUUGUUUAAUAUUUAAGAGAAGAAUUUUUGUAAUUUCUUUAAUACCCAUUCCAGCAAGUCUGUUAUUUUUCUUAUUUGAAAGUCAAUUUUGUAUUUUUGUUUAAUAUUUAAUUUUUGUAAUUUAUUUAAUACCCAUUCCAACAAGUCUGUUAUUUUUUCUUAUUUGAAAGCCAAUUUUGGAUUUUUAAAAUAAUUUAUUAACCAAAGAUUUAUCUACUUUUGUCAUACUUUAACUUAACUGAGACAAAAUGAAAAAUUAAUUAUCUUAAUUUUUUAUUUUAUCAAAAGUGGAUAGAAAAAGGAUAAUUGUUUACAGCUUUCUGUUCUUAUGCAUGUUUCCCAGGUGCGCAUAAUGUUUGAAGUACAAGAUUUGAAGUAUGCCACCCUGGCCACAGUCAGUCGUUGUGGUAUGGUAUGGUUCAGUGAAGAUGUAUUGUCCACUGAGAUGGUGUUUGAGAAUUACCUGCGACAGCUCCGCAGUGUGCCCCUGGAAGAGAGUGAGGAAGAUUAUCGUCACAACAGGGCAGCUGGUGGAGAAGCUAAGGAGGAUGAAGUGUCACCAACUGUGCAGGUUAGUAUUUUAUUCCUAUUUUUAUUUUUGUUUUGUUGGUAAAUCUUAUAAAAUUAAAUGUCAUUGUAAAAUAUUUUUUUUUCAACAUAAUUCUGAUUAUAUCAAGUUGUCACAAAAUUUAAAAAGUGAAUCUUAACUGAUAUUAUCUAUAAUUUAUAAUUGCAUAUGUUGUCUUAACAGAUCCAGCGUGAUGUUAUGAACAUCCUUUCACCCUACUUCUCACUUGGUGGGCUUGUUAACCGUUGCCUGGAACAUGCAGAGACACUAGACCACAUCAUGGACUUCACUAGAUUGAGGGCUCUUACUUCCCUUUUCUCAAUGCUCAACCAAGGCAUAAGAAACAUACUUAACUACAACCACUCACAUGAUUUUGCCAUGCAAGUAAGGAUUCAACAUUUAAAAAAAUAUUGCUAGGCUAUUGUGAAAGAUGUUGAUUCAUCAAGAAAAGAUAAAUGGGUUAUUGCUGGUAAUUUUUGUCUCUAGAAUCCAUGAAACUAAAAAUAACCUUGUUUCAAUUUGUAAUCCAUUUUUUAAGUUGAAUAAAAGUUAAAAUCUUUUAAUGAUUUAUGGAGAUACAUUUUACUGCAUAAUUAGUUUCAUGCAGAUUUUAAGGUUAUGUAAAGAGUAUAACAAAAAAAGCUGAAGUUAAAAUUAAUACUUUCGUUCUCACAUAUCUAGCAAGACCAGAUUGAACGUUACAUGACCAAAUACCUGGUGUACAGUUUGCUUUGGUCAAUGUCGGGAGACAGUCGAAUCAAGGUUCGCCAGGAGCUGGGUGACUUCAUCAGAAGCAUUACCACUAUCCCUCUCCCUCCACAAACCAAUGUUGCCAUCAUUGACUUUGAAGUAUGUUAAUUUUUUAAAAAUUAUUUUUUUGAAAUGUGACCUUUUAGUGGGGAAAAAACUUUUGAUAUUAUUUUCAAAUUUGAUCAGUUAAAAGUGUAGCGUAGAACUUCAAUUGCUUUAUUAUCUGUAAAAAUUUCUUUGGGCAUCCAUUUUGUCAAGUAAAUGUUUAGAAAUUCAACCUUAAAAUAUCUCUAAUAACUACAAGGUUUACUUAUGCUUUGAUAUAUAAAUAUUCUCAUUAGUUACCUUUAACAUAUUACUGAGUGCCUUAUUAUUUACUGCUAUCAGGUUGCCACUUCUGGUGAAUGGGUUGCCUGGCAAACCAAAGUUCCACAAGUGGAAGUUGAGACCCACAAAGUUGCAGCCCCAGAUGUUGUCAUCCCAACUAUUGACACUGUCCGCCACGAGAGUCUGCUGUACACCUGGCUGGCAGAGCACAAACCCCUUGUCUUGUGUGGUCCACCAGGCUCUGGCAAGACUAUGACAUUAUUCAGUGCUCUUAGAGCCCUGCCUGACAUGGAGGUAAAAUACAACUGCUUUUCAGUAAUACUGAUAAGUUAAGAUAAAAAUGUAAUUUACCCCCAUGCCCCAAAGCAUACACCAGAAUAAUGCAUAUUCAGAAAGGAAGUUUAUUUUUCUAAAUAAUAUUAUGAAGUAAAAAAGUAAAUUCUAUUAUAUAUUAAUUUUCCUCUGCUGGUUACAGUAAGUGAAAUAAACCCCAAAAAAUUUAAACAUGCAACAUUCACUUUUUAAAAUGUCUAUUUCCUCAUGGAUUGCACCUCAACAGGUGGUAGGCUUGAACUUUUCCAGUGCAACCACUCCUGAGCUUUUAUUGAAGACUUUUGACCAUUACUGUGAAUUCCGAAGGACACCCAAUGGGCUUGUGUUGUCCCCCAUUCAGCUCAACAAGUGGCUGGUCUUGUUCUGUGAUGAGAUCAAUCUGCCAGACAUGGACAAAUAUGGUAAGUCAAAUGAGAAAAAUACAUUAUUUCAAUUAUAUGAUCAUUGGUCAUGAAAUAGCAAAGCUUAACAGCAUUUUAAUAUACAAAUUGGGAUCUAAAUAAAGACUAUAUUCCUUAAAAUAUUGUAUUGUUUUGUAAUAACUUAAUCAAUUAAGGUCAAUUUGAGAGAAGAAAAAUAAAGUUGGGUAAAAAUACACAUUUUUUUGGGGGCUAAUGAACACAUAAUGAACCCUAUGCUGGGGUACUGCGAUAUAUAAAACCAUCUAAUAAUAAUUCAGUAUCCUAUAUUCUUGAAAGGAAGACAUAAUUAUAUUAUCUAUGCUUCAAUCAGGCACCCAGAGAGUCAUCUCCUUCCUGCGUCAGAUGGUGGAACAUGGUGGCUUUUACCGUACUUCAGACCAGACUUGGGUUAAGUUUGAGCGCAUCCAGUUUGUUGGUGCUUGUAACCCACCGACUGACCCUGGAAGAAAACCUCUGUCAUACAGGUAAAUCUCAACAUAAACAGUUAAGAAAGAAACACAUAUUUUCAAAGGGAAAUUUGAAUAGUGGUUAAGUAAGAGUUACUAUAAAAUGUGUCUCACACUUGACAACACCAAGGCUUUAACCUGCGAAGUUCCUUAAAUUGCAAUGGAGUUGGAUUGUAUGUAAUAGUUGUUACGCACUGACUUGUAUUGGGAGAAAUUAAUCUCCUAUUUUAAUUUUAAUUGGCUCCUUGUAAUCAGUGCCUAACAAAGGACGAUACCACAGAAUCAACAAUAUUAAAGAUACGACCCAAAACAGUUUCUAGUUACAAUUAAUAAGAUUUAUUAUGUCUAAAGAUAAUUACAAAAUAAAAAUAAAAUAAAAUUACAAUCUUCAACUUACAGUAUGGUGGAUCUCGUACCGGUACACAGUUAAUACAAUUAGAAAUAAUGAUGCCAAUAAAUAAUACGAAAUAAACACAUAUAAGUAGGAGCACACAAAUACACAAAGAAUAAAACACGCCUCGUAAUGUUAAGAGAAUCUAUCNGGAACAGAUUAAUUAUUUUUAUUCGUUGGCGGCGUAAACAAGAAAUACAUCAAAGACCUAAGCCACACCCCUUUGUGAACACAGCGUCUCAUGCGGGGUCAAUCAGAGGGCACGUACGAGAAAUAUUGUGUAAACAAGCUCUCUAUAACAUAGUAAUUAGAAAUGAAACCAAACAAAAAGUUGAUAUGGUUUUAUUAAUAUUUUUAGAACAUAAACAGGUGCACACUAAUUUAGUGUUAUCAUUUAUCCUGAAAUGUUAAUCAAAAGUUAUCUGUAUCAUAGACUUUAUUGGGUAGUGCAAAAAAAAAAAAAAAAAGAUCUUUGAAGUAAAAAAAACCAACAAAAACAGUUAUUUACAAUUUAUCAAACAUACUUUUAUGAAAUCCAUUUUCCUCCAUUUUAACACUAUGUUCAUAUAUUCGUGUUUGCUGUUCAUUACACUUUCUGAUCAUUUGAGGCCAUUACUCCAACGUUCAUAAAAUGAACUUGAUCACAAAGUCUCAAGAAGAUAAAUGUUUAUAAAAAAAAUAAACAUGGCUUUAAAACAUCUUGGUUUUUUUUUUUUCAUUUUUUAAAAUUUCUGUUUGAAUUAACAAAAUGUGUAUCUCUUUCCCCAGAUUUUUGCGUCAUGUUCCAGUUGUGUAUGUGGACUAUCCAGGUGAACUGUCACUGAAGCAGAUUUAUGGCACAUUCAACAGAGCUAUGCUUCGACUUGUUCCCAGCCUGAAACCUUAUGCAGAUCCUCUAACCAAUGCCAUGGUAGAGUUCUACAUCAUGUCUCAGGUAUUAUACUUUAAAUAUACUGUGUGUUCUUACAUGCCAGAAACUCAUGCACACUAAAAAUUAAAAUCUUGCUUAGUAUUAUUCCCCUGGAAAGAGCUUGAUGACUCAAAAAUUUUAGAGGAUGGAACAAGUGUUUUAUGAAAGAGCAAUAAUAGUACAUCUGACAACGAAAAUGGUAAAACGGUAGCUUGUUUAUGAUCGCAAUCAAUUAUCCUUAAUUUAUAUUUUCCAAGCAGUUUAUCAUAAUUAUUAUAUUGAGUGUUGUAAAUGUUAUACAGAUUGAGAUUUAUUUUUAGAGCGACUCAUCUCUAAAGACUGAAAAUGAAUUAAAAUAGUGAAUUUUAACGACUGCAAAUUUCAAAUUUUUUUUUUUUAACAGGAACGCUUCACCCAAGACAUGCAGCCUCAUUACAUAUACAGCCCUCGUGAGAUGACAAGAUGGGUAAGAGGUAUCUGUGAGGCUUUAAGGCCUCUAGAGAGUCUAAACCUUGAGGGACUUGUACGUAUUUGGGCCCAUGAGGCUUUGAGGCUGUUCCAGGAUCGAUUGAUUGAAGAUGAAGAGCGACGCUGGACUGAUGAGAAUGUUGAUGCCACAGCUCUUAAACAUUUCCCCAAUAUCAACCGCCAGGAAGCCCUGGGAAGACCAAUACUCUACAGCAAGUGGCUGUCCAAAGACUACAUGCCUGUUGACAGAGAGGAGCUGAGAGAACACACCAAAGCGAGGCUCAAAGUAAGCAAUUGCUUAUGUUAAUUAAGUAGUUGAUUUAACGAUGAAAUACAAAAUAAUUCAAUAUUCUCUAAGCUCUUUUUCUUCUUAGAUUCUCUAAGCUCUUUUUAUUCUUAGAAAUUAAUUUUAUUAUUUUGUGGUCAGCCUCCGAAAUUGGCUGAUAUUUUUGGUUUGUGCUGUGGCGGCCAGAAAAAAUGGCAGAUAAUAAACACGGUUCGAUAGCAACUUCCAAUCCAAUAUUUAACAGAAAUCAAAGCCACUUCCUUUUAUUAAUAAUUAAAUCAACUUCCGGGUCAAGCUGUUUCUUGAUAACCUAAUUAUAAGUACUUUUUAAUCGGAAUUUUUUAUCGCUGUUUUUUUUUUAAAGCUAAAAUGGCGGAUGCUGUGACCCGGGCCUUCAGUGCGAGAACUAAUAUAAAUAUUUUUAAAGCUUUUUAGGAGAGGAUUUAAGUGAUACUGAUGAUGAUUUUAACAUUCCCCAUGACAUCUCACUUCAGAUUCUUCUUUUCGUGAAUCUGAUACUAGUCUUAGUGAUACUGCAGUUGUCCUACUGAGGCUACUGUUAGACUUCGAGCCAGGCUUGGAGGUUGGGCAAGGACUGACUGAAUUUUAGUCACAGAAGCUACAGAUUAUAGAUCAGAUCUAAUAGUUCUAUAGUUUUAUAGUUAUACCAACCCAAAUCAGUUCCACAGUUCCUUUUUAAAUAUUUACUAGUCAAUAAUAACUAUUUUGCCCGAGAUACUGUAUUUUGUACUUGGUUUUAGCUGUGGUUCCAGUUUCUUACAUAAAUGACUUAAAAUUACUAAAAUUGCUUUCAGAGGUUUAAUUGUACUCAAAACCUUAGCAAACUAUACAUUUUCUGAAAAAUGAAUUAAUUGACUAUAACAUUUAGAUUAGUGUUGGAAGUGUAUCUGUAAAAUUAAUGAUGUUAUGAGCAUUUGAAAGCAAGAAAUUUUGUCGAUUUUUAUUUUCUUGAGCAUUCCAAGGUCAAGUACACUGAGCAAAAAAAAAUUUACGGGGUUGGCAAUAUAGCCAACUUAAUCCCCAUCCAUUUUCCUUUCUAAAAAUAUAUAAUUAUUUGAGUUUUGUAUCAAUAUUUCUAUGUCAUGUAAUGCAAUUUCAAAAAGCUCUGAAAAGCUCCACACCACAGAAUGAUGCAUGCCACAGUUCGAGGGUUUAAGUUUUCAACUUUUCAGUGAAGAAUGUAUUGUGUUAUGAUUAAAUUAGUAGUUUACAAAAAAGUAGAAACACCUUCCAUUAAUAUAUAUGUAUGGUUCAACUAGGUGUUCUAUGAAGAAGAACUGGAUGUUCCAUUGGUCCUGUUUGAUGAAGUCUUGGAUCAUGUGCUGAGAAUUGACAGAAUCUUCAGACAGCCACAAGGUCAUCUGCUGCUAAUUGGUGUCAGCGGCUCUGGAAAGACAACUCUAUCUCGCUUUGUGGCCUGGAUGAAUGCCCUUAGUGUGGUACAGAUAAAAGUUCACAACAAGUACUCAGCAAAUGAUUUUGAUGAAGACCUGCGUUCUGUUCUGAGGAGAGCCGGCUGCAAGGUUGGAACCACUUUAGUUUUGAUUAAAUCAAUGUGUCGUACAGAAAGUUAUUAAAAUAAUAUUACUGCUAAGGUUGCACCACUAACUUGACUAUCAUUUAGACACGUGCAUUUGAUUUCCACCAUUAAUAUGAAUUUUAUUUUGUAUGGCUUUUCAAUUUUAUUUUUAUUCUUGUAUUUUCAAGAACUUUUGCUCCAAAUGCUACAGUUUUGAAAAAAAUUGAAGAGAAUUGUUAUAACCAUCUCCAUGUGCCCCAAACUAAGAGUGUGCUGAAAAAUACUAACAAAUUUUUGCUUCUUGUCUCAGAGUGAAAAGAUUUGUUUCAUCAUGGAUGAAUCCAAUGUGCUGGACUCAAGCUUCCUGGAGAGGAUGAACACGCUGCUUGCCAAUGGUGAAGUCCCUGGUCUUUUUGAAGGAGAUGAGUACACCACACUGAUGACCCAGUGCAAAGAAGGAGCCAUCAGAGAGGGACUUAUGCUUGACUCAGCUGAAGAGCUGUACAAAUGGUUUACAUCACAGGUAAUUGUGUGCCUAUGGCUCCACCUCAUAAUGUAUCACAAGCUUCGCUUUACUAACAUCUGUUUACAAUAUAUUAAUUGAUAAUUUUUGUGUGAAUUAAAAGACAUCAGCUUUUGGGUUAAAAUAUAUCAUUUUAAAAAAUUUGAAAAAUUGCUAAUUUAUCCCAUACACUAUUCACAAAUUCUGACAGUGAUUACAUUUGUUAAAAGUUAAGUACUCCACUUAACUAUUUAGGCAAUUCACUAAACUAUUUAGGCAAUUCACUAAAUUAUUUAGGCAAUUGAAAAUCUGAUAUUUUAAAAACCAACUAUCUUGUGCACAGGUUAUAAGAAAUCUCCAUGUUGUUUUCACCAUGAACCCAUCAUCAGAAGGCCUCAAGGACAGGGCAGCCACAUCACCUGCAUUGUUCAAUAGGUAAAUAGAUAAAACGGCUAAUUAAGUCAUGAUAAUUUAUAAGUAAACUUUCUAAGUUCAAAAUAAGCCCAAGACACAUUUUGAUAUAUGUUAAGCUGAUACACAGAACAAAGUCUUCUUUGCAAACAAAUUCUCAUAAUGUUAAUGCCAGGCUGUUCACAAUCACCUAAACAAACAGAGGUUUUGUAUUUUCUUUAAAACUUAAUUUGAUCGUGUAACCAAGUCUCGGCCUGUUCAAUGCCUAGAUAAUGGUAAGGUUUAGAGUUUUACUCAAGUUUCCUACUUGUUAACAUUCUUUCUUUUGCAAGGUGUGUUCUUAACUGGUUUGGAGACUGGUCUAAUGGUGCCUUGUUCCAGGUGGGCAAGGAGUUCACAAAUAAGAUGGACUUGGAGAAAGGAUCUGUAAGUUGAUUAGUCAUUUGUUCUGGCUAAAAUUGUUCAUACACCAUCAAAAUGUCCCAGACUGCCUAGAUGAAAAUUAAGUUAAAGAGUGUUGGUUAUGUUUUAUGUGAAAUAACUCCUGUGUUUUAAGGUGAGCUCAAUUAUUAAAAAUCAUUUGUUUUCAGUAUACAGCCCCUGACAUUUUCCCUGCUGCAUAUGAAAAAUUGAAACCAACACCAUCCCACAGGGAGGCAGUCAUAGACAGCUUUGUCUAUGUUCAUCAGUCCUUACACCAAGCAAACAGUAAGGUUGCUCGCAGAAGUGGCCGUGUUAUGGCUAUCACUCCAAGACACUACCUGGAUUUCAUCAACCACUUUGUAAGUGAUAUCUUUCUGAGUAUAUAUAUUUUAACUAUUCUAUCAAAUUUUCUUUUCCUAAAAAUCUCUUGCAUAGUCACAUUGGAAUAGCUAGAGCGUGUGAAGACAUGAGCGGUCUGGAGUACCUAGAGAUUUUUAAGCUAGAGGCAGUCCUUGAAGUAUCAUUAUGGCAUUAAAUAGUUUCAACUGAGCUGUUCCAUUUUAUAAUUUAAUUUUAUGCAUUCAUUAUAUCUUGUCUUUCUUCCAGGCCAAACUGUACAAUGAGAAAAGGUCUGACCUUGAAGAACAACAACUUCACUUGAAUGUUGGCCUUCAGAAGAUCCAUGAAACUGUUGAACAAGUUGAAGAGCUGCAAAAAUCUUUAUCAAUUAAAAGAAUUGAGCUCGAGGAGAAGAACAAUGCUGCUAAUGCCAAGCUCAAACAGAUGGUCAGUGACAAGGGCAAUGCUCCAUGCAGAUUUCAUUUAAAAAUUUGAAUUGGCAAUUCGUUUUUCUAUCACUAUAUUUCUAAUAAUGUGAUUAUUCAUUGUGAUGCUUACCGGCUAGAUGAAAAUAGGAAACACCUUGAAUUUACAUGUUUUAAUUUAUUUACAUUGAGAUACAACUAAUGAUAUUUACACAUGAGUAAAAUGACUUUUCAUUUAUAUAAAUGAUACAUUUUUUUAAAAGAAAUUUUGUCUAUAAAAAUUUGUUCAACCCAAUAGGAUAUUUUUUUGAACUGAUACAAUAAUAUACUUAUAUAUCCAAGCUAUUCUCAAUUAUCUUACAUUUUAAAAAAUUUAGGUCAAAGACCAACAAGAGGCUGAACGCAAGAAAGUAACCUCUCAAGAAAUUCAACAAGCUUUGAAGGACCAGACCAAAGUCAUCUCAGAGAAACAGAGCAGUGUUCGGGCAGAUCUAGAGCAGGUGGAACCAGCUGUCAUAGAGGCACAAAAUGGUAAGUGCUAUUCUAGUCUUGAGUUGUUUUAGUGCACACACAGUAUAGUUUUAAAAAACAAUAAAUAUAUUGAUUAUAUCCUAAGUUAAUCAAAAGCUUAAUAUAUUAUUUAAAUGUAAUAUAAAAAAAUUGUAUAAAUGCAAUUAAAACUAUUUUUAAAUACCACAAUUAUGACCUCUGAGAAGUUUUAUCAAUUUCAUUGCUAUGUUCAAAUCACAGACUAUUUAUUUCCAUGUUUUUAUUCACACAAUUCAUUUUGAGCCUUUCAAAAAUCUCCAAAGCUGAUCUCCCAACCUUUAAAAGAUGUCUCCUUGCUUUCUUAAUCCCACCUCCAACCUGAAUACCUACGAUGAGAAAUAUUUUUUAAAUUGCUUUUGCUUUAAAGCAGGGGUCUCAAACCACCUUCUUGAAGGCAUGAGGAUUAUUUUGAUGUUUUACCUGUCACAAAACAAAGUUAGACAUUAUUAAGCAAACAUCUAGUAACCAUAAACUUUUUUAAUAAUGCUACAUUAUGAGACUUUAAGUGGCUUUGGUUUCAUAAAAGUGUACAAUAUUUUUAGUGUUCAGUUUUCACAUAUUUAACUUACAUAUUCAAUGUAUUGAAACAGCUAUGCACAACAGAAGUUAAUUUUGAAAUCAUGAUUUGAUGAAAAUUUAAAUGCUUUGCCAAAUGAAUGUCUUGAUCAAAAAGACAUUCUUGUUCAGUAAAUGUUUGUCUCAAAAUAGAAACUUAAAGAACUUUUGAACUCAGUUAAUGUCCAUGUUAAUGUUUUUUUUUUAAACACUCACUUGAUCAUUCAUUCAGUCACUUCUAUCUAAUUAUUUUGUUUGAGACUCCUGCCUUUAAAUAGAAAAGUAAAAAAAACAGCUUUAGGGAGAUAAGCUUUUUAAAGCUGCAUUGUUCCUUCUCAUAGAGUACAAAGUAAACGUUGAUGUCACUUGAGAAGUGCUUAUUUGUUUUACAGCUUUCCAUGUGAUGCAUGUUUCUUUAAAUAUUUAAAUGCAAUUCAACUUUAUAAUUGAAAGGAAAACAAAAAUUAAUAAAAAUCUUUAUAAAAUAAAAUAUUAUUAGCAAUUUAAUAUUCACUCAGUAACUAAUUACAAUUCAUCUUAACUGCAGACUCCCAUGACUCGUCUCAUUUUUAUUAGUGAUUUACCUAAUUGUACACCAAACUUCCAAGGUGGUCUCCCCUUAAAGCCUUCACUAAAAUUAACACUGAAUCACAUAUAAAUUAUAAUUAGGAUUGCAUGAUUCAUUUACUUGUUGGAAUUACGUACCUUAUUAUUUUGCAUGCAAUUAAAAAAAAUUAUUUUCAGCUGCAGUAUUAAUAAAUCUCUGAUUGAUCAUGAUAGCUUUCCAUUGAUUGGUUGAAAUAAUCUUAGCUGUCAUCCCAUCGCUUAGUGCAUUAAUAGUAACAUUAAUAUAGAAAAAAUGAAAAUAUAUUGAAAAAACCUUUAUAAAUCUUUGAGUUAAAAAAUGUAUUUCAUCUAAUACUGUGCUUCUAUGAAGAGAAGUAAAAUACAAUAACUCUUGUACGAUUUGUACACUUGGUGUAUAGUGAUCUGAGGACCUUGAAACUAAAAAAAAUCAGAAUUUUUCAAAGCACGUGUUAAAUGAAAUUUAAAACAAACCCUUGAAUUUUAAGUCAGUAAGUGGCCCAUCAGAUAACAUUUUCUAAAGCUUUUUCUGGUGCCAAAAAGGGUUUUUAUUUUCAUUCGCUUCACCCUGUUCGCUUUUGUCAUUUUGUUCAUGUUAGCUGUCAAGUCUAUCAAGAAGCAGCAUUUGGUUGAGGUUCGAACCUUAAACAAUCCACCUGGUGCUGUGAAGCUUGCUGUGGAAUCCAUCUGUGUCUUGCUCGGAGAGUCAGAUUUAGACUGGAAGGCCCUCAGAGGCAUCAUCAUGAGAGAAAACUUUAUCUCCACCAUUGUCAAUUUCAAGACUGAUGAUAUUACGUAAGUGAAAAAACCAGGUCAGCGUCGUGGAACGCGCUCCACUUAUUUGAUAGAUUGAUGCCAACCAGCAGACGAUCCAGCAGAAACCAAAUGUUGGCAUCACCCCUCACAAGUGUUGGUCAUUUUGAAGUGAUGAUGCGUGUUCAUGUGCACACUGUUGAAGUGAUCCAUGCUCAUAAUUGUUUUUAAGAGGAGCUUGAAGAUGCUUUCUUGCAUGUUGGGGCAUUGUUUGUAAAUAAACUAUAAAUGUGUGAUCAUGAGCAUCCUAGGUGUGAUCUUGGUACAAACACGUAAGUAGUGGGAUAAAAUGUUGGUGGAUUGUUAGCCUUGUUAGCACAUCUUUGCAAUGAGUAUGGUCAGCCGAUGACCUGGAACCCAACUAUUGGAUGUUUCAAACUCGACUCAUUUGAAUGAGUCGGCAUGUUCUCUGUUCAUCAUUUGCUCAUUUAAUGUUCAUGAGAUGCUUCUAAUGGAAAACUGUUUUCCUUUCUUUGUUUUCUCAUGUUAGUGAAUGCAUUCAUAUUUCUGCCUGCAAUGUGAUCAAGCUAAAGCAUGCAUGGAUCGCCAUAAAUUAAAUGGUGGACCUCUGCGCUUUCAUUGUUGAAUGGUCCCAGCUAAUCGUUUUGUAGAAAAAAAUAGCUAUACAUUGAUCACUGCAGAGUUUUCAUUAGUUAUUAGUUCUUAAUAUCUUAAAAUGCAUGAUGGAUCUAGUAGCAUUCCAUAAUCCUAAGUUGAGUUAUAAAUUUGUUUAUUGUGUGAACUAAGAUCUGUUGUGUAGGCUUCUAAAGAGGUAUCCUCUAAUUCUUUUUUGUUUUACUCCAUAUUCAUCCUGCAUUACUUGUAUAAUAGCAUUAAACUCUGAUGGGCUUUUCUAUGGCUUAAAUGAAAUGUUGAUUCUCAUUGCCUGCUGUUGUAUGCAUCAUCUGUAUGUCAAUUGCUCACAAGUCUCUGGUGGUAUGUUUCAAUCCUAAUCCAUUAUGAAUCCCUUGCUUGCCGCUGUUGGAUAUGUGUGCCACUCACAGCCGUGAAGGGUAUCAAGAAGAAAGACCUAGUGGAGAUCAGGUCCAUGGGUAACCCACCGCCAGUGGUCAAGCAGGCCUUAGAGGCCAUCUGUUUGCUACUGGGCGAGAGUGCCACCGACUGGAAGGUCAUUCGCCAGAUUAUUAUCAAGGACAGUUUCAUCUCCUGUAUUGUAAACAUGAAGACUGAUGACAUUUCGUAAGUUGUUAAAGUCUGUUCUCAUUGUAACUUCUGUGUCUUAUCAGUAAUUGGCCACUGGUAAAGUAACCAAGAAAAGAAUACAUGCUCUUCAAUAUUGUUAAAAUGUGCAGUCUAAAAUCACUCAAAUUUAAGUAUAACAAUACUCAUUCAAUAAGUUGAGAAGAAAAAUAGAAAAUGAAUAUUUUCCUGCAUAGGUUAAUAGGAUAAGAGAACUAGUUGUGUAUGACUUUCAGUAACAAAUAGAUUGGCUAAGGCAUGGAAAUGUCAUUAACAAGGCUUCUCUAUAUCAAUAGUGCAUGAAAAUCAACAAAAUAUUUUCUUUUUUUUCUGAUUGCUUUUGCAUCAAUUUCUGUCACUGAUUUGAGAUUGUUGGAGCAGGGAGGUAUAAAAUAUGAGCAGGGAGGUAUAAAAUAUGAACAGGCCAUACUAUUGUAAACCCUUUUUAUUCUCAUACUUAUUCUAUUUUUUAAAGUUUAUAUUUCAAAGUAUUUAAAAAAAUGGGUAAAGAAUAAUUUGGUCAGACCCAAAUGUGUUAAUGUUGUUUUUAAGCCUCAAGGCUAAGAGCUGAGUUGUAGUACUUGGUAGUUAUUUACUAUUUAGAAGAGGAAAAGGUUUUGUCAUAAAAAUGAUAAUUCAAUUUUCAAAGAAACUGACAUCAACCUUUCCAUUUUUUUUUUUUAUCCGUAAUAUAAGAUAGAAAAGAGUUAAUUGCUGGCCCUUGUUUAGAUAUAUGGGUGGAAAUUUUUAGACCAGUAUUUUCACUGAAAGAGGAGUUGGACUUGAAGGUAAGUUAAUAUUGUCCCUAUUCAUGUCAUUGAGUCGGAUGGCAACUGGUCUCCACAGCCAAGUGAGUGUUGGAAAUUCAUUAAAUUGUUUUGUUUUUGUAUUUUUUAUAACCUCAGUAUUAUGGCUUAAUCAGUUUCAGACAUAUAGACAUUAAUAGUUCACUGCGGGAAAUAAAAUUUUUUUAGCUUUAAUUUUCUGAGUGAGUUUAUUUUUCUUCUGAAGAAUAGCAACUUGGACCAUAGUGCCUAAAGAUAAACAAUUUCUUGUGUAGGGUUCAAAGGGAAAUAUUUUUUCAAGUCUUUAUGUAUUGAAAAUAAAAUAACACUUACGCCCACCAAGUUCGACUACGUAAUUAACUAAUCUAAGGUAUAUUUGAGAGUGAAUGAAUGAAGAUAUAAAAGUGCAAAUACUACAAGGUUUAAAGUUUUCUUAGCUUUUUCCCCCAUGCGCCUACAUUUCUGUUAUUGAACUUUUUUCAAAACAAUCGUUUUUAAAAUGUUUAACCCUGGUUUGAUUCUCCCUUUUAUUUUGAGAUUUUGAACUCCCCAACCCUCUUUUUGUUUCCUAUUCUUUUUCUGAACUUUGCUGCAUGAGACUGAUUUCAAGCUUGCAAUAAACCUGUUUGCUUCAUUGAAACCUCUGGUGGCAACCAAAAUUUCAGUGCUUUGAUCCAGAUCCAAUAGUUCACCCAAUUUAACCACAUAAAUCAGCCAGUGGUGUAACAAAGACGUUUGGCUCUGGGAAGGGAACCAUCAUCCAUGGACUGUAGAUCCCUCCCAUAAAAUGUCCUAUAUAGGGCCCUGACAAUGGGGCCUGCUGCUGUCAGUUACACCGCUGGCGUAUCAAUAGAUCAGCACUUUGAUUUGAUGUACAAACAUGCUGUCAUGGUCACUCACCAAGUCCGUGCCACUCACAGCUGUACAGGGCAUCAAGAAGAAAGAUUUGGUAGAAAUCAAGUCCAUGGGUAACCCCCCUCCAGCGGUCAAGUUAGCCCUUGAGGCUAUCUGUUUGCUCCUGGGCGAGAGUGCCACCGACUGGAAGGUCAUUCGCCAGAUUAUUAUCAAGGACAGUUUCAUCUCCUCUAUUGUAAACAUGAAGACUGAUGACAUUUCGUAAGUUAAGACAGAUUACCUUACAGAACCCCUUAAUCGCUUAUAGUUACAUCAACAAAUUGUAGAUUUAAAAAGAAAAUUUGGAGAUUGAUCAUUUAAAAUAAUUAUUAUAUGUGAUUGAAUGUAAUAUUCAUCUGCAACAAACUGUUGUUUUUUUUCUAUUUGAAUAUCUGGAGCAUUGUAUCAUUACAGCCUGGGUACAUUCUUUAGACUGUUCGGAAAUCUACCGGAUCUUUUUUUUAAAUUUUAUAUGAUGAAUUUAAGAUGAGCUGGUUUCAAAAUUUGCUCCCAGUAUAUAGAAACGAAGAAAAAAACAAAAAUUUGGGUUUGGAAUGGAGGAGGUGGUGGGGUUAUGAAUAAGUAAAAAUGAAAAAAAUUUAUGUUGUGGAGUUUUCAUAGGUAAAUUUAAAACACGGAUCUUUAAAUUAAAUUAAACUUGUUCACACAUAUGGUACAUAUGUAUAUAAAUUGCAGACCGGCCUUAAGUACUGAGAGGUUUUUGUGUUGUCCUGAUAGUUUUUUUUUUAUAAAUGUUUUGUUCAUGUUGUUUAUGCCUAUGUCCUGUGGAUACAAUUGCAAUUUAAAAAGGUAUGAUAAUGAUAUUAGUAGUAUUGAAACCACUGACUGAUGUCAGAGUGAAAUUGUUUUUAUUUAUUUUUUAAAGUUAAAGAAAUCAUUUUAGUUAUUUAUAAAUUAUUCCAUUAAAUUUGAAUGGUCAAGCAGUUACACAAAUCUGUUUAUUGGCAGGCAGGCCCUGUUCACACAAUACAUAACUUGUAACACAUAAGAAUUUAAAAAAUUUAAGGAUAAUUUAAAUUAACGCUUGUCCUUAAGGAUGAGAAUGUGUUUUUACUGAAAGUCUUAUUUGUUUGUUUCUAUUUUAGUGAUGAGAUCCGCCAGAAGAUGAAGAGCAAAUACAUGAACAACCCAGAGUACAACUAUGAGAAGGUCAACAGGGCCAGUUUGGCCUGUGGUCCCAUGGUUAAGUGGGCUAUUGCUCAGGUAUGGUUAGAAUUUUUCUAUUCAAUGUUAGUUUGUCUCUUUCUUCCCCCCCUAUGGCUUGUACUACUAGUUAAUAGGAUUAGUAUGACAGAGGCAUACACUUAUCCUAGUGACACUAAAAUUUGUGUAAAUGUGUUUUGUACUAAUGUCAUGAUUAUGUCUCUUUUGAUAAUAUUUUUAUGUACAGCACGGUGAGCCCAGCCCUAGGCUGGGGUACCGCGCUAUAAAAGACCACUUAUUAUUAUUAUUAUUAAUGACAUGCAAUUGUAUUAAUUUCCAUAAUUAAGAACUUUUUUUUUUUUAGUAAUCUAAAAAAAAGUAUCAUACAUAUUCUGAACUGAGACUUACUUUGAAAAUGGUGUGUGGUCUCUAGAUUCAAUAUGCUGACAUGUUAAAGAGAAUUGAACCAUUGAGGAAUGAACUGACUGAGCUGGAGAACCAAGCGGAGGAGAACAGACUUAAAGCAGAAGAAGUGAACAAGCUGAUUGCUGAGUUAGAAAGGAGCAUUGCCAAAUACAAGGAGGAGUAUGCUGUCCUCAUCAGCCAGGCCCAGGCUAUCAAGGCUGAUUUGGCCUCAGUAGAGGCCAAGGUAAGACACAGAAGAUAGACCAAAAAUACUUCAUCUAUACUUUCUAGAUACACAAUUAUUUGUUUCUUUGUCUACAAAAGAUAAAAGUGCAGAGAAAAUAUUGCCUAUUUUUUUGUUUCAAAGAAAGAUUUGCAGCAACUGAUUAAACGUCUUAAUACCAGGUUUAAAAAAUUUGCUUUGAAUAAUAUACAAGGUUUUAGAAUUGGCAAUGGUUUAGUGAUGUUUUAGUUUUUUGAACAGCAAGCUAAUACACACAAAAAGUGGUCAUAUUCACUUUCAAAUGAGUUGGAGUAGAUUAACAAGUUAAGAAGUUAUCAUUAUUUAUUAAUGAAAUGUUAAGUGAAUUCUUGUCAUGUGCCAAAGGUUGAAAGGAGUGUUGCCCUGUUGAACAGCCUGGCCAGUGAGAAGCAGAGGUGGGAACUUGGCAGUGAGACAUUCAAGAACCAGAUGGCCACAAUCAUUGGUGAUGUUCUUUUGUCCUCUGCCUUCAUGGCUUAUGGAGGUCAGUAUAUCAAAAUUCUUAUUUUAAACAAUCAAUUCAUUGACACACUCUGCUCAUUUAUUAAAUUGGAACUGAUCAAGUGAAUUUCGAUUGAACAGACAAGCAUUUGCUUUGAUUGAAGAGACAAGUAUUUGCCAUCUUAAGAAUUGGCUUCCCAAAAUUAUUUCAUUUGCUAAUUUUUCCACUAAAAUUAUUUCAGUCCUAUUCAUUUAUAAAGUUGCUUACAAUCUGUUUUCAAAGAAUGUUAAAAAAACUGUUGGAUUUUGUCAAAAUGUGUUGUAUGCAGUGACAAUAUAAUUUGCCUCAUUGGUUGAUUUUAAUUUAGUAUUUUUCAAAAAUGCUGCUUUACCAUGUCUUUGUCAAAAUAUCAUGGAUUAACCACAAACAUGAAUUCAAUGGUUAGAUACCUGAACAUGUCACCAAGUGCUGUUUGUGUUUCAGGCUACUUUGACCAACUCAUGAGACAUACCUUAUUCUCCAAUUGGUGUGACCACCUUCAAACAGCACAUAUUCAAUUUAGGAAUGACCUUGCAAAAACAGAGGUAUGAGGAUUGCUUUGUACUGUAGCUUGCUUUGCAACCCUGGCUAUAUACACACAAAAAUAUUUAAAAGCUAUUAUAAUGCUUUCCUGUCAUGCCUCAGCUCUUUUCAUAAACUAUACAAUUUGUCUUUUUACAACUUUCAUUUAAGAAACUAUUGGUUUUUUAUAAAAAGUUAAUUUAAAAAAGUAAGCAUAAUUCAAAAGUUUAUAAAUAUGAGAUCUAUUUAAAUAGACAGCUUUGAGAUAUGCAACUAUGCAUGUACAUCAAUAGGACUCGGGUCAGGUUUGAAUCAAUGUUUCAUUCCAAAAUUCUAACCCACAUGAUAUUAAACUAAUUUUUUUAAAUUUUAAUUAUAAUACUUAUUAAAGGGUAGGUAAAAACUUUUCUGCCGAUUAAAGAGAUAGCUUUUAUUGAAACAGCUGAGCUAUCAUUCAAUGUAAUCAACUUGCUGCUAGUUUGCAAGCAAUUAUCAAUCCCAAAUAUUUUAUGGAAACAUCCUUAAAUGCCUGUUAUGUUGUUUUUUUUUGUUAUUCAUACUUGAAUUUGCAGUGGUUCUCAACCUUUCUAAUGCCGCGACCCUUUAACAGAGUUCCUCAUGUUGUGGUCACACCCAAUCACAAAAUUGUUUUCAUUGCCACUUCAUAACUGAAGAGUAUAUGUGUUUUCCGAUGGUCUUAGGCGACCCCUGUGAAAGGGUCGUUCGACCCCCAAAGGGCUCACAGGUUGAGAACCGCUGCCCUAAUGCAUGGUGUUUUGAGUUUAUAACUAAUUUUACCCUAAGGUACAACUAUAGAAUGUUUAGAAGUGUUGUGCUUGCCUUGCUCAUUAUAUGGACAGACUUACCACUAGCAUGUUUAAGUUCAGUCAUGACUAGCUUUUAGACUGUCCUAAAUUAACCGGCUGUCGCUUGUACCCACCCUAUCCCAAAUCUUGAAUGGUGUGGAUUAUGUGAUUGCCAACACUAAUCUAACACCCUCACUGUCACUCACUCAUUCUCAACUUUCUGCGUUUGCCCUUCUCUAAUAUACACUGCUGUUCAUAAUAUAUGUUACAACUUGUGAACCAGCAGGAUCCAUCAGCUAAAGGAAUUGACAACUGAAUAUUUAAACAGAUGUUAAGUCACCAAAGAAAGCUCUAGUAUCAAAGAUAUAAUAUGCAUAUAUCUAGUUUUAUAUGCUUACAGUGUUACGGUUUUAAAAAAUUUAAGUCACAUGAACUGCUAUAGUUGUUGAUGUCAUUGUUAGAGAAAAAGUAUACUAUCAUCUCUAAAAAAAAAUAUAAAUCUGUAAAAUAACAAGGCAAACGCUAAUGUUACUUAGACUAGAGUGAUUUCUCCUGAUAAUUUCCUAUCAAAUUUUUAUUAACCAUGGUUUUAUGGUAGAAUAUAAAUGAUCAGUUUCAGAAUUUUUAACAUUUACUUAAAGUAAGAGUUUAAAUUUUAUCAGCAUCUUUAAUGAUCCCUGGCGUUACUUUGGCGUUUUAAAUUUUAUAAUUUUUAAAUUACCUUUAGUAAAUGCUGAUCACAAACAUAUUUAAAUUCUAAAAUUUAACUAAUUAUCUGCAGUACCUGUCCAAUGCUGAUGAGAGGUUGAAAUGGCAGGCGAAUGCUCUGCCUACAGAUGAACUGUGCACUGAGAAUGCCAUCAUGUUGAAGAGAUUCAAUAGAUACCCCCUCAUCAUAGACCCCUCUGGACAAGCCACGGAGUUCAUUAUGAAUGAGUUCAGAGACAAGAAGAUAACAAAGACAAGGUAGUCAUGGAGUUCAUGUUUGAUUGCCAACAAUGUAUAUAAUUCAAAAUACUUAUAAAUGUUGACAAUACAGAAAACAAUACACGUUUUCAGUAAAGUACUUAAAAUAUUUAUUAAUAUAUUGAAUUUCAAAUAUGAUUUUAUGUAUCUAUCACCCCGAUGACAAGCCGCCAUCUCUAGCAUGUGAAAGCCAUUACAUGUUUAGUUUUUUGCUUGUCACACAUAAUUUGGCCAGUGCAAAGUCCAAAGUUGUUCAAAUCAUACAGCUGGGGAAUUGCUAUGCCAACAUUGGAUUUAACUAUCUUGAUUUGCUAGCUAAUCACUACUCAUACAAAUUCAGUUAUCUUUUACAAAUGUUACUGUAUUUAAAUAUUCUCAACAACAGAUACCAUGUUUUUCCUCUCAAAUUAAACAAUCUCAACUUUUGUUACACAAUUGUUCUACAUUUUUCUCUCAGCUUUUUGGAUGAUGCAUUCCGUAAGAAUCUGGAAAGUGCCCUUCGAUUUGGUAACCCAUUGUUAGUGCAGGUAAAAUGUGUUCAAUAUAUUUAUGAAAAAGUAAGUUUGAUCACACAAAAACAUACUUAAACAUUUUUUUAAAAACUUGUAAUUAAAGAAAAGGAUGUAAUAUAAUCUUAUGGCUUGUUUUUGUUUUGUUUGUUGACCUCAGGAUGUUGAGAACUAUGACCCUAUCCUGAACCCUGUGCUGAACAGGGAGCUGCGCAGAACCGGUGGUCGUGUUCUCAUCUCACUUGGUGAUCAGGACAUUGACUUGUCCCCAUCAUUCACAAUCUUCUUAACCACCAGGGAUCCUAAUGUAAGUUUUCUUGUUAGAUACAUUUCCAGACCUGUUUACUCUUACGAUUUUGGCGUACAAUGUACGAUUUUUAGGUGUAUAGAUUGUAUAUACUGUUUAUUUUUUACGAUAAAUAUAACUUAUUGAACGAUUUUGUGAUGAUAAUCUACGAUUUUAAGAGUUUGAGGUUAAACAGGUCUGCAUUUCUUCUCGUAACGCAUUAGCUGCUGGGAAACAGGUGCAAAUAAAUAACCCCGUAAACAUAUUCUCUGUAGUUCAAGAACUAUGAAAAAUGAUUAUAGAGCAUAUAUUUUUUAAAAAGUAAAAUUCCACCAGCAAUAAUUUUUAUAUUUCAAAUCUAUUAGGUGGAAUUUGCACCAGAUCUCUGCUCUCGUGUCACAUUUGUCAAUUUUACUGUCACACGAAGCAGUUUACAGAGUCAAUGUCUUAACCAGGUAAAACUAAUUUUUUUUUUUUUUUUUUUUUUGCUUCUUGUUUUUUUUACAAAUAAUUUAUACAUUUCAUUUUUUUGUUCAUUUUAGCAAAUUUAAUAAUUAAUCAUAAAGCUUUUCCUGAUUUAAAAAUUUUAAAUUUUAUUAAUUUAUUUUUUUUUUUUUUUUUUUUUUGCUUCUUGUGUUUCUUACAAAUAAUUCAUACAUGUCAUUUAUUGGUUCAUUUUAGCAAAUUUAAUAAUUGAUCAUAAAGCUUUUCCUGAUAUAAACAUGUUAAAUUUGAUUAAUUUAUAAAACAAAAUUUUGAAACACAGGUUCUAAAAGCCGAACGACCUGAUGUUGAUGAAAAGAGGUCAGAUCUUCUGAAACUUCAAGGUAACUUAUUUUCUCACCACCUUGUUUAAUAAUUUUAAACAAUGAUUGUAAGAAAUUGUGAUUAUUUUUAAUUACUGAUAAAAACAAUACACUAGGACAAAAUAAAGUUAAAGAUUGAAGUUGUUUAUUCUAGGGCCUGCACAAUGAAAAAACAAUAAUAUUUAGGAAAAAUAUAAUAAUAUGUCAUGUACUUACUUGAUAAAUUUAAGGUGAGUUCCAACUGCGUCUCAGACAACUGGAGAAAUCAUUGCUGCAAGCUUUGAAUGAUGUCAAGGGUAAAAUCCUGGAUGAUGACAGGUGUGUUUCAAUAGUUUUGGUUUCAUUCUAUUUUAAUAAUCUAUAUGCCUUAAGCCUAGUCCCACCAUUAUGGUCUGAAAUUUACACAAAUAAAUGUCAUGGUAUUCUAUAAUUUAAAGUUGUCUAGUAAUGCAGUUUAAAAGAUUUUCCAUGUGAUAGUCUUUUUGGAGUCUUAUGUUAUGGGUUAAAUCGUAUCAAAAUGAAUAGCAAUAUUUAUGCAGCAUUCUGAGCCACCUGGAGACACUCAAAACUGAGGCUGCUGAAGUUGCUAAGAAAGUAGAAGAGACAGAUGUUGUGAUGGCUGAGGUGGAGACUGUGUCUCAACAAUAUGAAUCCCUGGCCAUGAGCUGCUCUAGCAUUUACUUCACACUUGAUGCACUUCAACAGGUGAGCAAUAUCCUGACAGCACAUGAACAAUCUGGACAUCUUGGGUGUGGUGGCUUUUAAAAAUUAUUGAAAAGACAGAACAUCACACAUUGGUUUCUAAAUAUAUAAUAAAUAAUCUAUCACAGAGAUUAGCUUAAGAUUAAAUUUUGUAGUUGUUACUGUACUGUAAGUUAAAUUUUUAUUGAAAAUGUCUUGUUUCAGGUCCACUUCCUGUAUCAGUACUCCCUGCAGUUCUUCUUGGAGAUCUUCCAUGCAACAACCAGCAAUAACCCUCACUUGGCCCUAAUGAAUGUUCACUCAGCAAGACUUUCAAGGAUCACCACAGACUUGUUCUUGGUACGUGAAAAACAAUCAUGAACAUAAAUCCUUUGAUGAUCUUCAAAGUAAUCUCUCAUCAGUAUGUUUAUAAUUUAAAACAACAAUUAUUUUUAUUGAAAGAAAUAUAAACCUAAUUCUGUUUCAAUACAGAUAAACUGCAUGUAGUUGUUAAGAAGCACCAUUUGAUAGUUCAUGUUUAUUAUUUUUUUAUUGAAGUUAUUAACAAAUUUCAUAACCCACUUCUAGGAAACCUACAGUCGUGUUGGAAGGGGUAUGCUUCACCAGGACAGGAUCACAUUUGCCAUUCAGCUAUGUAGAAUUCAUCUCAACGGUCAAGCCAAGUAAGAAUUCAAAUUAUCUUAAACUUUUUUAUCAUUCAAAAUAUUUCAUUUUUAACCACUCAUUUAUUAAAAUUAGUGGAUAUUUAUAAAAUAGAAUGUCAUUAAAGUCAAUCAACUUGAAAAAUAAAUUUUCAAAACUUCAGUGAAGGAACGUAUGAGACGGAGUUUGAGCAUUUUAUGCGCAGUCAGGAGGGCCUGCUAACAGAGAAGCCUACAUCAUCCAUUCCUGGUCUGACCAACCAACAGGUAAAACAGUGUAACACUAAGUUUAGACUGUAGAUUUGGGUAACUGUAAAAUUUGAUUUUAACCAAAGCAACAAUUUUCCAUCUCAUCUAAUUGAACAUUUUUAGUAUCUCUAUUAAGCAAAUUUAUUUAAUCAUAUAGGUUGAAUUGGAGAUGAAAUUAAAUUAAUUUUUAACUGAUUGCCUGUAAGAACUUCUUAUUUUCGUGUCUAUUUUAGCAUGCUGCCUUGGUGCGUUUGAGCAAGUUGCCAUCUUUCAGAAAUGCUAUUAGCGAAGUGACGGGCAACCCUGUAAGUAGCAAAAACAUUACUGUUGUCAAUUUAAUUACCAAAUAGCUUCAAAUAAUAAACAUUUGGUUAAAAGUUGAAUUUUACUCUCAAAUGCAAGUUUUGAAAAACAGCUCCUACAACUAAGGGGAUAAAAAUAACAUCUUUUUUUUAUAAUAAGGAAAUUUAUAAAUAAAUAUGUAUGCAUAAUAAUUCUUACACAUUGUUAGUAUAAGAAUACUCUAAACAUAAAUAGAAUUUAGCAAAAUAAGGACUGCAAUAAUAAUAAGUCAAUAUCUUUUUUUUUUUUCAUGAUUAAACAAAUAAUAAUUUGAGAACAUGAUUGAUUGGCAUAGCAUAAUUUGAUUGUCUUAGCAUAAUUUGAGAACAUGAUUAAUUGGCAUAGCUGGUUUUCCCACAGGUUUUCCAAUCGUGGCUUGAAAGUUCCAACCCAGAACAAGACGUACCUCAGUUGUGGGUGGAGGAUAAACCAUUAUGUAAGUGCUAUUCUUUACAUCUUUUAAGUAAUAGGCUAAUCCGUUUGUUUUUAGCUGUCAGACAUUUGUUACAUAUGUAACUAUGUUCCUAAAUAUUGUUAUAAAGGGUUGUCCUUUUCUUUAAAAGGAAUUUUCUAAUUUUUUUAAAAAGGAAUCGUCUUAUUCAUCUGAGAACCCUCGUACAUUAAAAUGAACACACUUGGGAUUAAAUUUGCAUUUAUUUGAUUAAAAUAUGUAACUUUUAGCUCCCAUUGGAAAAUCAGUUCAAGGCUUGUUAGUGAUCCAUGCUCUGAGACCUGAUCGUUUGACUGCCAUGGCCAGGAUUUUUGUUGAGAAAGUGCUUGGCUCAGAGUUUGUCCAUGUCACAGAUAAGGAACUGAACCUGGGUUCUAUCUGUGAAAAUGAAGUAAGUACUCGUAAAAUAGGCCUUAUCUUUCUGGUUAUAAAAAUAUUGGACACAAACAGGUACUAUAGCUAGCUACAUCCAUUCCGAUUGGUUAAUGAAAAAAAUAAUAAAAAAUUUCAACUUAUAUAAAGAGGAACAAAAAUAGGGACAUUUAUGAAGUUGAAAAUUUCUAUAUUCUGAUAUAAAGUUUAACUAGUUUUAACAAAUCUUGUGUUUUGGGUUGUUUUUUUUAUUAAUCUUGCUGCCUCUAUUCUUAAAAAGUGAAAUAGGGUUUUAUAUCAUAUUUAAGUAUUAUUUGUUUCCCAGUAUUUCAUUGUCUAAAAUAAUCCAACCACCAACAAACAAAUAUGUUGUUGUUUUCUCUCAAAGUUGAGUUGAAAAAGUUUAUUAUUUUUUGUAGUAAUUUUUUUUCUCUUUUAAAAUUGCAAAAGCCAUACUUCAAAAUAACACAUUUUUAUCAUUAUUUAGCAAAUUAUUUCAUUAUUUAUAAUCAAAGUAUUCUAAGACAUUUUAAAGAAUUAAUUUUUAAAAAUUGAAUUGCUUGCAAUUUUUAUAGGAUUAAAAUAAUAAAAUUGUUCACAUAUUUGAUUUGAUUCCUUUUCUCAUCAGUAAUCUAGCCCCAGUAUUUGAGUGCAAUAACUUUUACUGCUAAGCCACUUGAGUUCAGGAAUGUUUUAUUACACCUCAUAGUAAUUUUUAGAGCUUGUUAAUUUUAAUACUCAAAGAGGCCCAUCUCACAGACUGCUCAACGUGUACACUUUUCUUGUCUCUUGUGUAGAUUAAAGGAGCGACUCCAAUUCUGAUGUGCUCUGUACCAGGGUAUGAUGCCAGCGCUAGAGUGGAUGAUUUGGCUGCUGAGCUCAACAAGCCCAUUACAUCUAUUGCCAUUGGUAGGCUGCAUAAUUAUUGACUGCAUUUUCUAGACUCGUCUUAAAGUUUUUAAAAUAAUUAAGUUUGUAUCAUUAGAUAGUUAUUUCUUCUCUUUGUUUUAGGACUUUCAUCCAACUUAAUCAUAAAUAUAACAGUCUUUGUAAUGUUUUAGUUAAAUAAAUAGUAAACCAGUUCAUUCUCAUGUAAUAUACAUUACUUGAAGAUGGUAUUUUGGUUGAUAUAGCUGCUAUUUUCAAAACCCAGGAUCUGCUGAGGGUUUCACACAGGCUGAUAAAGUAAUCAACUCUUCAAGCAAGUCUGGACGUUGGGUCAUGCUGAAGAAUGUCCACCUGGCUCCACAAUGGCUAAUCCAGUUGGAAAAGAAACUCCAUAGCUUACAAGUUCACCCCAGCUUCAGGCUCUUCCUGACAAUGGAGAUCAAUCCAAAAGUAAAGAAAAGACAAAGUGGAUCUUUUUAUUGAGCAGUUGAUUUAUGAAAAUUUAUGGACUUAUUCUUUUAUCUUCAUUAUUUUUGUUCUCCGUUGACUGCAGUCUUUACAAAACUCCAUAUCAGCUCAUUUCGCUUAAUUUUUUUUUUUUUUACUGCAGCUCCCAACCAACCUUUUGAGAGCUGGUCGCAUCUUUGUAUUUGAACCUCCCCCUGGUGUCCCUGCCAAUCUGAUGAGGACAUUUAGCACAGUUCCCACAGCUCGAAUGUGUCGGGUAUGGUGUGAAAUAAUUUGCAUUCUUGAAUGACAAAGUAGAAAUAUCUCAAAUAACAAAUAAUCUUUAUUUACAAGUAGUGGUAUUGUUUUUUUUAAAAUAUUUUUUUAGGCAUCGGGAGUGUGACAUUAGUUGUGAGAACAAUUCAUAAACUAACACAUUUUAUUUUAAGAUUAUUUUUUUUUACUUCUUCAAUACUUUGCUGUAUUUUAAUGUUAGUGUAAGGUAAUUGUGAAUGUUAUUUAUUUAUUUAUUUUUUUCAAAACUAGGAACCCAAUGAAAGAGCCAGACUUUAUUUCCUCCUGGCCUGGCUACAUGCCAUCCUCCAGGAACGUAUGAGAUACACACCUUUGGGCUGGUCCAAGAAAUAUGAGUUCACAGAGUCAGAUCUGCGUGUGGCUUGUGACAUGCUUGAUGUCUGGAUAGACUCUGUUGCCAUGGUCAGUAUUGUAAUACCAUCAAUGGAGUGGCAUUGGCAAUUUAAAUUUGAUUAAUGUUUUUAAAAAGAAGAAAAAAGUUCCUAAUGAUUUCAUGACCUUCACAGCAAAUACUUUUAGCAGCUGGGUAAAAAUAUUAUACUGUUGUAAUGGAUUGUGCAUUAGUUUUAUUACAUACUAUCUUACAUAGGGCCGCACUAAUUUGCCACCUGAAAAAGUUCCUUGGGAUGCCAUCAGAACUCUCCUAUCACAAUGUAUCUAUGGUGGAAAGAUUGACAAUGAGUUUGAUCAGGUGAACAAUUUUGAUAAAUCAUUUAAGAGCAGGAAAUGAAAUUUUGGGGCUUUCCAUAAAUAUGCCACUGUUUGCUCUCUAAAUUUCUUACAGAUAUUUGCAAAAGUCAGUUGACUGUACUUUUUUUUGUAUUGUAAAUAAAUCUGAAACAAAGAGAUAUAUAUAUGUUAAAAUUAAAUCUAAAUAUUGGUUUUACAAGUUUCAGUUCUUAUAAUAACUAAUCUUUUUUUUUUUUUUUUCAGCGCUUAUUAAACACAUUUGUCAACAAAUUGUUUUCACCUAAGAGCUUUGAAGGAGACUUUGUUCUGGUUCAUGACAUUGAUGGCAUUAAAGGAAAACACAUUCUCAUGCCUGAUGGUGUUAGGUAUUUGUGGACAUCAAUGGUUGUGCUGAAUGUUAUUGAGUUAUUUAAGGAUGUUCCAGUUUAAUUUCGUUGCAAUAUUCCAAAUUAUUCAUUCUUUAUUACUUCCUUACAGACGUGAGCAGUUUGUUCAAUUUGUUGACAAUAUGGAGGGUUCCCAAACUCCUUCAUGGCUGGGGCUACCUAACAAUGCUGAAAAGGUUCUUCUGACAACAUUAGGCAAGUUGUUUUUUUUCAAUGAGUGUUUAUAACUUAACUCAGUUUUACAGUGUUUGCAAUUAUUCUAGCUAUUUGAUUUUGUGGGUUUUAGUUCUCCUUUAGUUUUUUCUACAGGCUUUGCAUGUCACUUGAAAUGUAAUUACAAUGAUUUCUUUUGUUGGGGGAUUGCAUAAUUGUGUUGUGAGUGUAAUUCAAAUAAUUUACCUUUUUCAGGAAGCAGCAUGAUUGCCAGCCUCCUGAGAAUGCAAUUGCUGGAAGAGGAAAUAGUUACCUCCCCUGAUGAGAGCAAGCGUAUGGCUGAUGGUCGCCCAGGCUGGAUGAGAACUCUGCACACAUCAGUCACUGCUUGGCUGGAGCUGGUACCUAAGGUAAAAUUCUUUGCACAUUUUUUAAAUUCUGUGCUGUCAUGUUUGUACAAAAUUGAGUCUAAAACAUUAAAUAUGAAUUUUGUUCUUUGUGUAAUUCUCUAAUUUCCUACUAAUUCCUAAUUAGAGUAGUUUUCAUUCUUGAUUGUGUUGAGCAGUAGAGAAUGGAAUGCUCACAGAUACCUUAAAAUUAGGAAUGAUAUUUCCAAGCACCCAAAUGAGUUGCUCUGUGUAUUUUUGGGGCACACAUUUUGAGUAUGACACAUUUGCUUUCUCAUAUUAUAACAAAUUUGAUCUCUAAUAAAGCUAAUUUGAUGAUUGACUGAUUUAUCUAGGAAAGUACAGCAGAGGUAAAGUUGUUAUCCUUUGACUUAUGAGUUGAUCCCACAAUCCUAAUUGGCUUGUUCAAAGAUUUUUUUUUUAAUUAUAGAAACAUGGUUGGGAAAAUAAGAAAGGUGUUUUAACAUGUUCAGUAGAUUUCAAUUUUAUUGUAUUUUUAUUUUUUUAUAGGGGGCUAUCUUGUACUAACAAAAAACUGUUUUUGAACCUAAUAUUAAUUUAAUGUUGGGAACAGAUUUGUUUUUUUUAAUUUACAACCUUUUUAUUUAUUUGUUUCCUUCUCAUUGGUUUUCUGCCUAAAAUACAUGUUUUUCUAAGCAUUCGAGAGUCAGUUUGGACCAAAUAUUUUUCUGGAAAAUGAAGUUAAUGUACGUCAUAUGAACACAUUAUUUUUAUGAAUAGCACAUGUUUAAGACUACUCCAUAGUACUAUUCCAAAUCCCAGUAUUUGCAGUUCACUGUGUGCUUUUUAAUCAUCCAAAUGUUGGCUAUUUUGUUUUGAAAGGGCAAAUAUUGUUUAAUUCAAUGUUAUUUCCUGUUGCAUUGUAAUACUUAAGUUUUUUUCCCAUAUUAUUUAAAAAAAAUUUUUUUUAAAGGCACCAAUUUAUAUAGAGCAGAAUACCUGUUAUAGUUUAAGUCAUGUUAGAGGUGGUAUUAAAUAUAAAAUAUAUAUAUGAAAAUGAUAAUAACUUCAAUGCUUUUACUCCCUUGAUUUACAUAAGUGAACUACUAGUAUUAGUAUCAAGACUUUAGUAGAAUUAUGAGAGAUUGUGAAUGUUCAGCUUUAUGUUUGUUUAGUUCUGACAUAGUUCUGUUGAGACUGCCAGAGAUCUUUACUAGGUACCAACAGUUCUGUUGAGACUGCCAGAGAUCUUUACAAGGUACCAACAGUUCUGUUGAGACUGCCAGAGAUCUUUACAAGGUACCAACAGUUCUGUUGAGACUGCCAGAGAUCUUUACAAGGGUACCAACAGUUCUGUUGAGACUGCCAGAGAUCUUUACAAGGGUACCAACAGUUCUGUUGAGACUGCCAGAGAUCUUUACAAGGUACCAACAGUUCUGUUGAGACUGCCAGAGAUCUUUACAAGGGUACCAACAGUUCUGUUGAGACUGCCAGAGAUCUUUACAAGGUACCAACAGUUCUGUUGGUCCAAAAGAGAUCAUUACAAUGUAGCAACAGUUCUGCUGAGUCUAAAAGAGAUCAUUGCAAGGUGGCAAUGCAGUUGACAUUAUUUUGCUCUUACCGCUUCAUUAGAAACUAAAAAAUUUUACUUUGACUUUACUUGAGACAACAUGGAUUUUUUUACGACUUUACUACAAUUGGUUUUAUUAAAUGUAAAAAUACAUAGACUUAUAAUUUUUUUAAUUCAAAUGCCUUAUUUAUAUAACCUGUUUUAUUGACAUACAGUGUUCCUUGAAAAAAGGAACACACAAAGCAUUUAAUUUAAUUCAUUCCUGCCUUUAGUCAGUGCUAUCCAAAUGCCCUCCUGCUGCUUACCCUUUUCUUUUACUGAAGUUUGCUCAUCCAGGGCACCAAACUCCCAUUUAUUACAGACUGUUACAGUCAAUGGAUAUUCUUACUAGAAUGGCACUCUCCUUCAUGAUGAAAUGAUGCUCAUGUUUUUAUCUUCUUUUGUUAUUAAGUUGCAAGAAUGUGAAAAAAUUCAUAAAUAUUUCCAAGUUCUUAAAAAGUUGUUAUUAGCAAGGGAGAGGGUGAAAAUCAUGUAGAAUCUUUUGAAAUUUAUGCAGAGAGUAAAGAUGAUGACCCUGUGAUUGAAGAUAACUCUGAAUGACUUUAAAAAAUUAGUAAUAUUCCAUUAGUAUGGAAGGAAGUGAUAUUAAGAAAUAUGCCGAUGUUCACUUACAGAUAUUAUCAAAUUUUUUCUUUACAGAGGCAUAUUUUUAUUGUGAUAAUUUAAUUUCUUUCAUUUUUAUACAAGGUAAAAAAGAAGCCAUAAUUAUUCAUUGAAAUUUUAGUUCUUUUUCUAUUCUACAUUUCCAAAUGGAGCUAUCGUUCUUUGGUUAGGAAAACGGGAUGGUUUACGUCAAAAUUGAUCAUGCAUGAGAGGGUUAAAUAUCACUUUUGAUGUCCAAAAAAUCAUAGUAUUCAAUGUGUAAAUGUUCAGAGGACAGGAGCUUUAGAGCUAUUUAAUAUUUUGCAGGCACUUGGGGGCAUGAAGAGGACAGUAGAGAACAUCAAAGAUCCAUUGUUCCGUUUCUUUGAACGGGAAGUGAAUGCUGGCUCUAAACUGCUGUUGGAUGUCCGCAGGGAUCUGCAGGACAUGAUUAAAGUUUGUGAUGGUGAAAAGAAACCUACCAAUCACCAUCGCUCAAUGAUGGCUGACUUGGUCAAAGGUAUCUGAUGAGUUUCAUUUUAAAGGCACAUAACGUGUGCAUCAUUCAAAGAUAUUUUUAACUCUAUGUUAAAACAAGUUCAAUACUUAUGACAAUUUCAAUACUUAUGAGAGUCAGCUGGACGUUCCAUUAUAGAAAUGGGAGGGAUAGAUGAGUUGAAUGAACAGGGGUUGAUAUUUGACCAUCACAUUUAUUUGAUGAUUCUACUUGUUUCAUGUGUUGUCUCUGUUGCAGGUAUCAUUCCAUCGUCUUGGAGACUGUACACUGUGCCAGCUGGCCUGACAGUGAUUCAGUGGAUUACAGACUUCAGCAUGCGUAUCAAACAGCUGCAAACCAUAGCACACGCUACACAAGGAGGAGCUAGAGAGCUUAAGGUUAAACUUGACACAUAGUUGGAAAUACAUGUUUGACAUUGUGGAGAAAAUAGGAAUGUGUCAUAUCGAAUGAGUGGGGGGAGGGGGGGGGGCUGGUCUAGGAGUAAAUGUCUUGCCGAACGGUUUGGGAUAGGUAAUAGAUAUUUGAAUUCAGAUUUUUGAGCUAUGUUAACAUACCUCAUUUGAAAAUCUUUAGAACCUACAAGUGUGGCUGGGAGGACUCUUCAUUCCUGAAGCUUACAUUACAGCAACUCGUCAGUUUGUGGCCCAGGCAAAUCAUUGGUCAUUGGAGGAGCUGUACUUAGAUGUGAGUGUUUGACCAGCAUUCAUGGAGCUUUAAUUAAAUAUUUUUAAAAUCUACUAUUUUUAAGGAAUCUUACUUAGAUGUGAGCAUACGACUAACAUGUGGGGAGCUUAAAUUUGGUACCGUGUAUUAACCAAUCUGCUGUUUUGCUGAAUAAAUAUAUCUUUUAUUGCAAUAGAAUUAAUUAUCAGUCAGUCCUGCUUAACUAUUUGAUUGUGUUCAAAUGUUCCAGGUUCAUGUGCAAUCAGCUAAAGCUGCAACUUUGGAUGACUGUAGUUUCUCAGUGACGGGUAAGAUCCAUCACACUGAGCCAUAAUCCAUUGGUGUCUUUGUUUUAAUAUUCUCUUGAACGUACUUAGACUAAAAUCUCUUGUUUUAAAUGUAUAAAUAAAGAGGUUGAGAUUGUGAUCCUUAUGACAUUUUUUUAUUUACAAUAAGAACAACAUACAAGCCAAUUGAAAAGCAUCAAUGCAGUUAGAUGUACAAAUAAACACAAAUUUAGCUUCUGUUGUAAACAAAAAUUCAAACUCAUGAUAUUGCAGGUUUGAAACUGCAGGGAGCCCUGUGUAAAGACAACAAACUUGUGCUGUCUACAACCAUCUCCACUGAGCUGCCACUCACCAUCCUACGCUGGAUCAGGUAAAGAAACCUCUUCACAUUGGCAACAAUCUGCUUGUCAAAUCGAGUUUUUAUUUAUAUUUUUAUAUAUUAUAAAAUUUUAUAUGUGAGGAAUUAGCACCUUGUAGGCUGUCAUUAACUACUUCACUUUAGCCAAGCAAACCUGUUGACUUUCCAAGUAAAGCUACUCUAUUUCUGCACUUCACAUGAAUUUGAGUCCUGUUGUUGUCCUGGGAAUGGAGUCCUGUUGCUGCCCAGUGAAUUAAGUCCCAUUGUUUGUUUGUCCUCAGACUUGACAAAGGUGCUGAUCCUUCCAUUGGAAAGGUAACUCUGCCUGUGUACCUGAAUGCCACCAGAAGUCAGCUCCUGCUCACCUUGGACUUUGCCGUGACCGAAGACCCUGCUGGUAAAGAUCACAGCUUCUACGAGAGGGGUGUGGCUAUCAUCUCUUCUGACCUCAGUUAAACAACUGACUGACUGGAACAGUGAUUAUCUUUAGUCUCAGCUUCUGAUUUUUGUCCUGAACCAAAAAAUUAGCUUAAAAUUCUCUAUAACUGAAGCGAUUGAAUUUUUAUUUGAUCCUAUUCAUUUAUAUAACUGUCGGUAAAUGCAUUUCUAGAACUCAUUUAAUCAUCUUUUGAAAUCAAAGUUCUGAAACAAAUUGUUUACCAUUUAAAUAAAAUUAUUCACAAAAUUCCAUCUGGGGUAAAAAAAACAACUAAUAAAUUGCACAGGAAUGCAUCAAUUAUAAUUAUCAUUUUUAUAUGCUAGUUUAUCGUUGUAUUAAUUUUUUUACUUUGAAGACCUGCUUUUGAAGGAUUAUUUGAUAUGUAAUACUUUUAGUGAUUGCAUUUUUAUUGUUUCUAUUCAUUUGUAAAACUCGUAAAUGCAUUUUGACAAUUCUUUAAACGAAUCAUUUUAAAUCAAAGUUCUCAAUAACUGUUAAAGAAUUUAUCUUUUAAACGUUAUUAUUUUCAAAGUAAUGCCAUCUUUUGGACAAAAAGAAUAACACGGGGCACAGGAAUGUGUCAAUCAUAGCUUAUCAUUGUAUUUGAUUUUUUUUUUUUUUUAAAUUUAAGGAACUGCUUUUGAAAGAUUAUUUGAGAUUUAAUGCUUUAGUACAGUGAAUAGUUUUAUGAUGUUUAUUCUGUUUCUUAUAUAUUUAUUAUCUCUUUAUGGGAGACCUUUUUCAUACAUUCUGUUUGGAAAAGUAAAUAGAUAUUUGUGAUAAAUGUAAUAUAUGUAUCUCUUUAGUGAUCAAUAUGUGUUUAGUAACUCUGCUUAAGAAUUUAAUUUAAAAACAUCUGGCUGUUUUCUAUUGUUAUUUUUUCAUUACUUCUUGAAUUUUGAUAGUGUUUAUUGUGUCCGUAAUGAUCAUUAAAACUUCCUAAUAGCAAAA